AUGGAGCAGUCUAGCAGCAGGUUGUACUCAGGACCUCUGUCUCAGGCAGCUCAGAAGAUCUUGGCUGUUCUGCGGGCUGAGAGUCUACAUGAGACCAGGCGCAUCCACGGCCACUCCUAUAACCACAGGCAAAGUCAGUCAGGCCAUAAAACACCGAGGCACUCUGGUGUAUUAAUUUUGGGACUGGGGAAUCUAAGUUGUGCAUAAAAUACAUGGACAAAGUAAUUAAGAGGGAAAUGCAAAAUCUGUCAGAAAAGCUUUUAAACUUUAGGUGUAUGGUCUCUAUCACAGACUUUAACUUUGAGUUAUUUGAAGGUCUUUGAAAAUCUUGAAUUCGACUUCAAAAUGUAUAUGUGUUCUUUGUUCUCUGUGUUUGGUGUGUGUGCAUCAGGAGGGGGAUUUUAUGGUGUCAGGAGGGAGUCUGGGGCUCAGAGCAGCUGGAGCAUGAGUCAGGAGGAGAGUAAAGACAGAGACACAGAGCGGUGAGGCAAAUUAAGUUAAGGGUUGGCACAGAUAUAAAUACAAGCUCUCCUACUUAGCUUUGAUAGCCAUUAUAGUAGCACUUUAUUUAACUGGAGUCAAAUAAUAUUAUAGAAGAACACACAGUAUACUAUAUAGACAGAAACUAACCUCUAUGGUUAGUUUUAAUUGAUUUUCCUCUGCUUUUUUGCAUCUUUUAUGAUUUUUGUGUCUUUAACUGAAUUAUCUCACGAUUUUGACUUUAAUCUCAUAGUCAUGACUUUCAUCUUAAAUGCAUUUGAUGUUAUUUUCUCUAUAAAAUAGACAUUUUAUCUUCAAAUAACUACUUCAGUCAUUUUGAUUUUUUUUUUACUUUAUUUGAGUGUGGAGCAAAAGAAGUAAAAGAAAUUUCUAAUUUUCUUGUCUAGAUCUUUGUCCAGGCCUAAGGAGUCCUCCUGUUCUUAGAUGCACCCUAUGGUGCACCCGGACACAUUGUCAGUGAUGUAACCUGAGGUUACGGGGGGUUUCGGGCCUUUCAACCAUCAGCACCCCCCACCACCAGGCGACCCAGCUGGGGUUGAUCAGGCCCCAGCUUGUGUCCAGGUAGCUCUACCCUACAAGCCACGCCUCUCCCCUCCUGAUCCACAGCCACCUUGAUGCCACCUCUGCUUCAUACGUGGCCAACGGUGGCUGUAGGAGUUUUUCAAGAGGUAGCCUGUCAGUCACCUGGCGAUGAGGCUGAAGAAGAUCUUCCCUUCAACACUCAGCAGUGAGAUGGUUCGGAACUGCUCGAUGUUCUGAGACUUUUCCUCCUUUGGGAUCCACACACCCUCUGCUUGUCUCCACUGAUCUGCUACCUUGCCUCUCCUCCAGAUCAUCUUGAGGAUCUUCCAGAGCCGGUGGAGUAUCCUGGGGCAGGUCUUGUAUACCUUAUACGACACUCCACUGGACUCAGGAGCAGAGCUUGCUCUUGCCCCUUUGACCACCUCCUGGAUCUCCUUCCAACUGGGUUCCCUUCCCUUGAAAUCCAGAGUUUGUGGUCCCAGGUCUUGCUCUCUGUGCUCAUCGCUGUAGGUCUCCCUGAGGUGGGGGUCAACCUCAGCUUUGGAGCAGACGAGUUGGCCGCUGCACUUCUGCCCUAGCAGCUGUUUUGUGAACCCAAAUGGAUUUGCAAGGAAAGCAGUUUGCUUCCUGGACCUCUCCUUCCCUCUCCUCCUGUGCCACUCAGCCUUCCUUAGGGUCAUCAGCCUCUUCUGGAUUUUGCUGCGUAGCUCAGCCAGAGGUCACCUCUCCUCUUCGUUGGCUGUUCUGAACUGCUUCCUCAGACUCUUCAGCUCCUGUCUGAGCUGAUGGAUCCUGCUUGCUCUGUUGUUCAUGGUGUAGGGUGGCUUUGCUGUGCACUUCUCCUCUAGCCUGAACCUCUCUUGCAAGCCGCUUCCCCUCUGGCAGUUGAUUCCAGGAUGGCGUUGACGUCUUCAUCAAACUGGAGCCACUCCUUCUCCUUGCUGGCUUGGGGCCACUUCACCCAACGAUAUUCUGAUGUCCUGUGUGCCUCUGGAUGUUGCGUCACCUGGAGGCUCCGGGCACUGUGGGGUGACUUCGGGCUAACCCCCUCCUCCUCCUCCAAUGUCUCCUCCAUUCAGUGGCAAAGCUUUCAGACCUCAGCCCGCUAUCAGCUUCUCACAGACACCGACUCACUCUCUGUCAUCCCCGACCUCCUCCUGUUCCCCCGCCUGCUGGGAUUCAACUCUCCAAGGAGAGACUGAAGCCAGUAAUCACUGCUUGCAGAUAUAUCCAGAGAGAAAACACUCUGACAGCUCUGAAUACCAGUCCAGCCAGAGUUUGUCUUUUAGUUGGUGUGAGGGGGCUGAGACAGUGGCUUCGUCAUCUUGUAGAGAGGGACACACUCUGUCUCUUCAAAUACCCGAGUAUUUUUGAAGAUACAUGUUUGGGAAAGUGAGUAGCAAAGAAUGAGGGCGGUAUUUCAAGUGUAUUAAUACAGCAUGUUUAUGAGUAAGCGUUCUGUCACUUCCUUUAAGAAAAGAAAAUCAGAGGAGUGGUUCUUAUUAAUCACCUGCUGCUUGUCUCUAAGGUUAACACGCAUAACAAAUUCACAGUUCUCUUGUCUUUUCACCCUUACAGCUUCAGCGAAGAUUUCAGGCCGUCUUUCACCCUCAGUCUCUCUCCAGACAUCGAGGGUGCAGAUGAGGUAUUGUUCCCCGCCACAGAAGGACAGAACACCCAUAAAGAGGAGCCCUUUUUCGCUCAUCAGUCGGUUUCAUCCUGCUUUAAUGUAUGUGCCGAGACAGAUAAAGACACAUCAUUUCCACAUAAAGAAAAGAGAGAUAUCAAAAGGUAUGAAAUAGCUUCAGACAGUCAAGAGAAGUGGAGGCAACCUCUUUACUCUCACAUCGAAGAGGCCACUAAGAGAGGGGGGGAUGGAGGCGUUAUCUGUCAGCAGCCACACUCUGAAACUGUCAAAACUGGAGAGAUUCAUCCACUUAAAAGACAAAAGAUAAAACUAGUCAGGGAGGAAGGCAGAGGGGGGAAAUUAAGCUCAGAACAUGUCAUGCAGGGUGAACAUGCGUGGACAGAGAGACUACAGAGGCAUGAAACGAUAGCAAAUGAGAAAAGAUCCGCUGAAGAAAUCAGAAGACUCUGGCUCUUGAAUAUCAAUGAGACAACAAGCUCAGAGCAGCUUUUGAACCCGUAUCCAAUCAUGGACAAAAGCUUAGACGGUGAUACUCAAGGAGAAAAGCCGAGAGAGGAGGAAAAGGUUGUCUUUGAAACCAGAAUUAAUUUGCCUGCAGUUGAGGAAGUUGAGCAUCCACCUCCUUUUGAGAGUAAAGAGCAACCUGUGGGGUGUCAAACUGACAGCCCAGAAGAGAUCCCAGUGUCUACAGAAGGAGAAGAGCUCAAACUGAACCACUGCCAAGCUGUAAACACUCAGGACACGGGUCACAUUGUGAGUGAAGCAGGAGAGAGGCGCCACUCAGAGGGAGCACUGGAGCCGUGUGAGACCAGUGAUUCACUCCCGGCUGAUAAUGUGCAGAGAACAAAGGAGGAAAGAGCAGAGGUGAUGGAUGUAGCUUUGGAGGUGGAAACAGAGUGCAGCACAAAGGGAGACAGUGUCAGGAGCGCUGGAGAUAAGAUGGAAACAGAGCAGCGCUGCUUCCCAGAUAAACUCGCACAGAAACAGGGUGAGAGAGACGAUGAAGUCAGUGAGUUACCUGAAGGAGACACUGAGUCAGGAGAGAGGGAGGGAAAUGAUGAGUCAGCGCUGCCUCAUGUGGACAGGGCGGAUGAGUGUACACAUACAGGUGGGUACAUGAGGGGCCUGGUUUUAGACUGUGUCAUACACUGGAGUCUGUUCCUGACCAGUUUAGACUUGUUCUCAUUCAAGGAAACAGAACAAUGAAAAGUGUAUACAGGACAUUAGUGCAAGCUUUCACAAAGACAUAAAACGAGAUCAUGGCAAAUCUCAGAUUUUAAAUCUGAUGGAUGGCAGAGAUUGAAGUUUGGCUGCGUUUUUUUUUCUACAGGGUCUAAAUAUCGUCAAGUAAGAUGCAGUUUAAAGCAUUUACCACUAGAUAGUGCUAGAACCUUUCUGUGUGUCAGCCGGUCACAAGAGUAAAGUCACUCCUUUGUAAAACUAUUGUUUUCUGCCUGUGCAGUUACCCUUCUCCCAAUGCAAUACAGUCUAAAUAUGUGCUAGUGCAUUUAUUUGAAUAGGUGCAACAACUUUCCUACUAUUUACAUAAAACUUUUGUACAAGUGUAUUAAUUAUUCUAAUCUAUUACAAUCUGUUUCCUUGAACUAUUUUAUAUCAGUUCAUAGAGUAACAUGCAGGUAAGUUUUCCUGUGCAAAAAUUUGCCCAUCAGUGUAGCGUUGUCUUUUUUUCUGGUGCAUGAUGCUUUAUUUCACUGUGUAAUAUGAACUACUUAGUGUAUAAUUGUCCUUUGUUUGCUCUGUUACUGUGGAUGAGACUGUUCCGUUUUUAUGACAGCAUUAAUGCUUCGUUCGAGUUACCUUGGAAGUUAGAUGUUGGAGCCGAAAAUGAUGUCAGAAAAGAACUUAAUGUAGCUUCACUUACAGGAAUUUAUAGUUUCAAGGUUAAAAUUAGUUUAUUUUUGCAACACAAGUGCUCAUGUUCAGACCCAUGUAUAACAUGAUCAUGGACUAUACACAUGGAGAAUAUUGGAUCUUCUUUGAGGGGUACUGUUGAAAAAGCACUAGGGGGCACUAAAGCUUAGAGUCAAGUCAACCUGGAUUCAGACUUUUGCCAGCGGCAUCUUUUUUUUCAUCGGAUUGGAGGCAUUGAUGCUGAGGCAACUCAGCACUGACAAAGGCUGUUGUGUGCUGGCUCACAUUACAGCCGCAGGAAGGGAGUUUGAGUCUCAACAGCUGAGACAAUGCUGAGUCAAGUCACACAAACGCAAACUCCAUAAAAUCACUCACUCAACAUCACAAAGUUGUGUCGCAUCAAAAUGUCAACUUGAUCUCCGCCGGGAUGUCUGGAGCUGGCUGACUUUGACCUGUCACUUGUGUAGACUCACACAAACACAUUUUACAUAACGGAACAAGCUCAUUAAUUCAUAGAUGAGUGUGAAAUUGAUGACCUGAUAGAAGUUCUCUCACCUAACCUCCCUCUCUUUUCUCUAGAGGACUCAGGUAAAGAAAGUUGCUCCGUGUUGCAGGAGAGCAGAGGGUUCAGAGCUCCCUGUCUGCAUGAGAACCGCCAGCACCACGAUGACCAAGUGAGUCUCCUGUAAAACAAAAAUGUUGCACAUAAGCUUCUGGUAUUUAUUUACUUGUCCUUGUGUUCAGAAAUACUAAUGUGUCUUUAUUUUUCCUUGUUAUUGUCUACCACCCACUCCCCCUCCGUAAUCCCUGCAAGCAGAGAAAACUGUGUACAGCAACGACCCACCAAAAAGUCCUGAAAUUUAAAUAGCCGCUUUCAAAAGGAUUAGGUCUCUAUAUCCCUGAUGUACAUAGAAAUCUAUCCGGAGUGUACAGAACAGGGUACCAUCGGCAAUAUUGCCGCAUGCUGACGAGUUGAUAACCCCCCAGUGAGUCUUAAAGUGAAUAAAAUCAGCCUGAUAGGUACUGCAGGAGGAGGGGAAAAAAAAACAAGACAAUAAAGGGAGGAUGGGAGCUGCUGGAAGAGGUGCAAGACUUAACUGUAUUGCUUCAAUCAGCAGCAAACACAACAAUCCAUUUCCUCACCUCUCCUCUCAUCAUUCUUCUCAACACUCUCCUGCACCCAGCGCUGGGCGACGGGCCACAGCCUGCCUUCGUUUUCUAUCUAUAUCCUGUGGCACAGCACCCUCGGGGGGUUCAUGACUUUGUCAGCAGGAAAAAAAAAGCGGGUUGUGUUUACAAGGAAAUGAGGAAGACUCUCCUCUGGGAGCUGAGUCAUAGGAAAUCCUCCAUACUGAGCCCUCUGCUGACAAGCACACAGGAUUGUGGGCUUGCAGAGACUCCCAUGCAGAAUCUCUGUUCUUUUUGCUCGGAUAGAGAGGGGAGUCACGGGUAUGAAUAAUGGAGAUGUUUUGAGGGAUGAUGAGGGGGUUAACGGGAGGUGAAGGUGUACUGUCCAUCGUGUUUUCUACCUUUUCUCUCAACCUCAUAUUCCUCUAAUGGCUUCUGCAGAAUUUUAAAUCAUGGCUUGGGUGCAUUUUUGAUCAUUUUAAAACUGUUCCCAGUCAAAUUUGACCAUAUUUAUAAUUCAUAUCCACCUCUAUCCCUUGCAUCCUUCUAAGGGUAGAACAUCACAUUGUACAUAUAACAUAUACCACAAACAAGUCUUACACAUUCAAUCUGCCAACAAAGUUUCCAAAAGCAUUUUUUCACGUGUUUGGAGAGUGUCAAAUAUUCAUUGUCAUGGUUGUUUUUGUUCCCUUCAUGCAAAAUGAAUAAGUAAGAACAAGUGUUAGUGGCACAACUUCAGGCAGGCUGUCAGACAAAUGUUGCCUUGACUGUCUGUGUUUGUGUCUGCUUCAGCGCUCCCAGGGCUGAAUGUCUGUCCUCUCCUUGUGUCUUCCUUCCCCCCCUCUCUUUUUUUCUGCUUUUUUGGCUCAGCUUUCACUGCCCUUUUCACAAAUGUUGAAUCAUCCAGUUAGAUUCACAGCAUCAAUGGGAGUGAUGAUUAAAUAAGCCACAUAUUUGUACAGUGUCAAAGCUAAUUAUGCACUUUUAGAUAUUUGAACUUCAUUCUGCUGACUCUCUAAACUGAUUCUGCUGUCCUGCAUCGAUCCUCUGCGUAACAAAACUAACACAGACAGCUAGAGUCUGUUUUCAAGUGCCUCCUGAUGUUGCAGAAUGAGUCUCUCUAAAUCUAUUUUUGCCUCUCCUGUUCCCUCUGUUUCCUCUGUCCCUGUCUGUUCACCUCUUUUUGGCGUGUAGACUGCUAAUGGAGGUAUCAGAGGGAGUAGCUCAAGCAUGGCGCUGGACCCAGCCAGCACUUUUCCCCCUGGACAGAAUUCCUCCACAGUGCAGGGCUUGGAUUUAUCUGUCAUUGAAUCAAGUGAAGAGCAGGCGGAAAGAAACCAGCUUGAUUUGCAAACUCAAGCUCCCUUGAUCCCCUUCUUUCCAUUGAAGCAUAAGCUUGAGAUUUCUCCACAAGAAAAGGCUCGGCUGGCUCCUAAAAUCCACCUACCAAAGUUUCUUCUGAAAUGGGAGCCACCUCGGCCUUCACAAGAAAAGACCGGGGAUGUUGAUGGACUAAAGGGAGCACUACUCAAAACACCAAUGUCUGAGCUCCAGGCCACAUCGACUCAACCUCAGAAUAAAGAAAGUCAUUCACGUAAAUCAGGGAAAAUACAUAAAAACCUCUGUGCCCUGAAGCGAAGUCAACAGAUGAAGCAACUGAAGGCUGAAGAAAGCUGUGAUUUUACUUCUGCAACCUGCAAACCACCAAAGCACAAGCGGACCAGAUAUGAUCCCGAUCCAGAAAAAAGUGGGUUAAAACUAUCACAUCCAGGGUCCAGUGGAGACGAACCUCAGAAACAACCCAAAGCUGGAUGUCUGACUGCUUCCCUGACAUCUGACCCCAGAGUGAAGGAUUCUGGGAGGAUGAACUCGGAGGAGAAGAUGCAGGUGCUCAUGGAGGCUGGAAAGGCUAAAGCGCUGUUGCUAACCUUGGUGUACCAAGAUGGAACGACUCAGUUGGACCCAGAACAGGUAAGUGAAGCUGGGAGCGUUCACAUGGCACCUAUAAGGUAACGUUAGCAAAAAAUCCCUUUCCAUCUUGGCCGCAUCUUUUACUGUCAUGUAUCUACAGUAACACAGAAUGGACAAACUUGUAGGAAUUUAGCAAGUAGCUGAAGACAAGAGAAGAGAGUGGCUGUUGUGCACAGAAGUAUUUGAACCAUAGACUGUAUACACUAUGGACAACUUGGUUCCGCCGCCCGCCUGUAUACGGAUUUGAAGCCAAAAAGCUCUCUGUAUUUCCGGGAUUUUUCUUCAUUUCCUGAAACCAGCGCUGUGCAGUAGCAUUGUGCGCAUUCAGCGGGAGAGUCGCCGUGAUGACGCUCGGCUCAAACAGCGUAUCCCCCGGGUGAGCUACGCAAUCCCUGAACGCCCAUAGGCUGUAUCAGGUGUCAAUCAAAGAAAACGUGAACCCCCUAAUAACUUUUAAAAACGGAGCUUCACAGAAAAAAGAGGACUUGAGCACAAACCAGUCUUAAUGUAACUACAUGCCAACAUCACAACCAGGGGGGAGAAACAUUUAUGUUCUGUGUAAUAAAUUUCUAAAGUUUGUCUACAGCUCCAUAGGGAUUGCUGGAGGAGGCGGGAUUUAUGACCUAUACUGCAGCCCGUCACCAGAGGGUGCUGUUCUUAGAGUGGCUUCAACCAGCGAGGAGGCAGACGGCGUCCAUUCUAUAUACAGUCUAUGAUUUGAACUGGUUGAUGCUUUUGAUGGUGAAAAAUAGGAAAAAAAGAGCAGAUACUUAUCAUGCAUUACACCAGCUUUUUGUCCUUAAAGGCCACCGUUCCCUCUUCAGUGGAAAGGAUGAGCAAAGAGCACUGUCAUGUAGAACUUGACGGCUAGAUAUUGCGAAAUAUUUUCAUUUUUGUGGAUUGUACCUUUAAAUGGUGUCGCAGCUUGUUAGCUGGUUCUACUUAUGAACAUCGAAAAGCUCCAUCUAACUCGCUCUAAGAGACUUUGCUUCAUCAACAUUCAUCUGCAUUGAUUUCCCACUUUGGUCCUUUAUACAGAAACUCACCCCGCCUGUGUGCGGCCUCCUCGUACUAAUGAAGAACAAUCUGGACUGCAGCACUCCGGCGGACUCGCUCGGGCCAAACGACAGUCUGGUUUAUUUGAAAUUAGAGCAAACACCUGCAUGGGCUCAGCAACACACACCCCAGAGCCAGCAGCUUUUCACAAGGUCUGUUUGUGUGCAGGUGGAAGUGUCGGUGUUACAGUGCACAUAAUCUAAGUGCUUAGUGCUUACUUAGCGUUAAACAGGAGCCCUAAUGUGUCUGUGCGUGUGCUCCUCAGAGAUAUGCUGCUACAGGUGCUAUCAGGACCUCAACUGGUGGUGUGCUUUAAAGCCAAAGAUCUGCUGCACACCGCUCUGCAGGUUUACAGAGGAGACCUCAGCUGGAAACAAGGUAAUAAACACACAAACUCAAGAAUAGGAGUCAUGCACAUCUAGUUCUGCCUGUGAAGUUCUACUUUAAAGCCCGUCUUUGUAAAUGUAUUAUCACUAUCAGCUUUAAUUAAGACGCCUCUGCUGGAGAGGGACUCUACUGAAACAAACUUCAAGCAUCAAACACUCGAGCUUCAACUUUGUUUUUUUUUUCAGCUUAUUUUAAUAUUUUCAUCUGGUCUUUUUUUUUAAAACAAGGUUGCCUGAAUGACACUCGCUUGGUAUGAAAAGAACAGCGAGAAGGAAAAAUAGCUUCAUUCAAUAAAAUUGCACCGGCUGUAAACAACUUGAAUUAAGUGUUUAAAGGAUUUAAUUAAAAAACGUUUUCACUAAAAAGAUCAACUCAGAAAUAUCAAACUGCAUGUUUCUCGCAAUCGUCCUUACAGAAAACAGUCCCACUUUUGUAUGAAAACUCUGUCCUCUUCCUGGUCAGUGGCAGGCUGUCACAUCCAGGACCCACAGGUGUCAGGGUGGCUGCUGGAUCCUGCGAGUCCCUCCUCUUGUUUUCAGGAGCUUCUCAAUAAACACUACAAAAGACCCUGUGCGACGCCUGCCCUGGGCACCAAGAAGGUAAGAUAAGUUCAGCUCCAUUUAGGCAGAAAAAGAGAUCGGGCUUUUCUACGGCCAAUUAAAUUUUACAUGGGGCCACAUGAGAAACCUGGACUUUGUUGGAGGGCCGAACCAAUGAUAACUUCAACUUCAAAUACAGAAAAGCAAGCACAAAUAAGCAACUACUAGUUAAAAACAAGUCCAAAAAAAGCGCACCUGCGACUCACAAGUUUUACAAGCGACUUCUGAGAGAAACGAGCCUUAAGUCUUUUUUAAUAAGCGGACUUGGCAACUUUAAGGCGUCUACGUAUAUUUUGCCGAUGUUUAAACUUGUCUCAGUUCACGAAUGCAGAUCUAGGACCUCACGAAGGGCCGGGCAGGGACAUCCAAAGGGCCGGAUGUGGCCCUUGGGCCGUAAAAUGCCCAGGUUUGGUCUAGAAGGACAUAAAGAUGGAUUCUUGGAUAUGGUGUUUGGUUGAGGGAAACUGUCAAGUCUGUUGGUUAUUUCAAGGAAAUCUGAAUUGGCUGAUGUUGGCACUCAGCAGGCUGUUUAAGAGUAUUUAUUCAUUCAGGUAACAUCUUUCAAAAUUGAAAUAACACAUACUCACUGUAAAGACUGACAAAAACUCUGUUCAAAGGGGGUGAAGAUGGAAGAUGGACCUAACAACUUCUUUAGUCCUAUCCCCCUUUCCAUUUUCUCUCUCUUUUUUAUUCUACCUGAUUCUCUCUCUCUCUCUUUCUCUCUCUCUCUGUCUCACUAUCUGACUCCCUCAGGUUUCACAGGCUAUCUCAGGUCUCUAUUCGCUCCACUGGCUAAACAUGGAGCUGUGCUAUAAACUGCAGGUUAGGCCAUGUGCACACACACACAUAUUUAAGUAUACAGACAGCAUAUACACUUAUAUCUGACUGAGUUCAUAUGUGUAGAGCCGGGGGCUGUGGGAGCUGUUCUCAUUCAUGGAGCUGAAUAUGAUCUCUGUGCUGGCAGGUGAGGACCACUGUGUUUAUUCUAGAGGACAAAACAACAAUAUUUUUAAGUACAACAUUCACUGCGGUGAAGAAACACCCUGAGAGCAGUUUGUAAUGAUGCACCAUCAGGUCGUGUAAAUGAGUAAACUUCUGUUUGGUUUCAGCCAUGGAGAGCCAUCACAUCCAUGUGGACAAAGACGCUCUUAAAAGAACCUCAAACCUGCUGGGGGUAAGAAGGAACAUCAGACACUGACUACAUUUCAUGGCUGUUUUAGACGUUUCUUGUUACUGCUAUAAAUGAGCAGAGCAGAACAGUUGGACUGUAAAAAAAAAAAAAGGUUGUUUUUAUAUGGCCGCUGGCAGAGUGGUACUUAUCUCUCACAGCCAGGAGUUAUCAACAUUCGCCUCAUGGCUGAUAUUCGUUUCCCACAGGAGCACAACAAUGGAGCCAGAGCAGAAACAUCUGUUGUAUGUGUUAAAAGAUAGAAAAGAAAGUCAUUUCAGUGAGCGACGUUUCAAUACUUUGUUUUUAGGGGAAAUAUUGCAGCAUUGAAUCAAUUCAUCAAUCGGUCUUAAUUCAUGUUGCGCUAAUUCACAUCAAAUAUAAUCUCGAUAAGGCGCUUUAAAAGAGCACUGGACUCUUUGCUGUUUUAUUUUCAAAGACCCCCAAAUCGAGAAACAAGAAUCCACCAUGAGCAGAGCACUUCGGCAUUUAGAAAGUUACAGUGGCGAGGAGGAAACCUUGAGCAGAUCACGUUUCGUGUUGAACAGCCAUCUGCUGCUAAUGCUGAGUCGAGAUUGAAAAGAGGGAUAGAGGCGGUGAUGGAUGGAGACACAAAACAAUAACAACAACAGCAACAGGAGCAGUAGCUCAUACAGACUUCUGGUCACAGUGCCAGUAACUAUAAUAAAAGUAUGUGUACUAUUUAGAGGAACAGUACAUUAAUGAUGACAGACUUGUCCUAAUAUUUAUAGCUGUUAAAGCCAACCUGUCUAAGCAAAACUCCUGUGGAUGAAUUUCUUAAUGAUUUUAUGAAGUAGUCUGAAAUUCAUAUUGAUGAACUUUUAUGAUAAACAAAAACAAAGAAGACCGUCAGUGAAUAGAUCAUAAUUUCUAAAGCCUGAAACUGGUGCGAGGGGGUAGGUGUUAGGGACUUACCAAUAUGGAUUUUUUGGGGCUGAUGCAGAUACCGAUUAUUGGUCCGAUUACCGAUCAAUCUGCCGAUUUUUUAAACAUUUUUAUGAAGUUCUAAAAAAUACAUAUAUACUGCAGAUAUUUACGUUAUACUAUAUACUGUAGAUAUACUGUAGGCUACUGCUCUUCAUUCCGACAGAAGACAGACUGAUCAAACUCGGACCAGAAAAGCGUUUUCAACUACCCCCACCGAUCGGUGCCUCUGCGUCUUAACUCACAUUACUCAUUUCCGGUCCGGUCUCAUCUGGAGACAUACAGCUGCCUCAGUUAGAGAAGUACUUUGAUCAUGUAAUGCGUACUGUUGUUUAUUCUACCAUUACUAGCACGGCUAACAAUGUAGCAAGGCUAAUAGGAGGUCGCUGCGCCAUCUACAGGAUAAGUUGGGGAACUGUUUAAAAGGGGGAACAUCUUCGAAGUGAAACAGAAUCUUAUUCUCUGAAUUUUAUUUCUGAAAAUAUCGGCGAAAAUCAGCGAGUUUUGGCCGAUUACCGAUUAGUCUCAAACGGGCUAAAAUUGGCUACUACGUCGGGCCCUAGUAGGUGUCACCCAGGCAGCUCAACAAACAAGCUGUCUUUGCAAUUCGUACGUAAAACAAUGAUAAAUGUUUGACUAACAACAGGAUGAGUUCAGUUGUCAGAAGACACCACUUGGGCAUAAAGAGGACACUUUAAGUAAAAUCUGCUUUGUCCUCUGGGGGGCGUAAUUAACAGAAACUGAAAGUUCUCCAGAGCUUUAAGAGUUCGCUUUAGUACCAAGUUAAGUCCCUUUUAAUGGUACUUCAAUUCGAUUAGAUAGACUUUAUUGAUUUCUUUCGAGAGGUUCAGUGUGUACAGGAAAAAGUGGAAUAGUUAGAGAAGUAAGAAAUACAUAGAAAGAAUAAAGAUAUAAUAGAACUUUGGAUGAAUUACAUAUAAAAAGUAAUAUUUAAUAGCAAGUUUGCCACUGGUCAUGCUUCUUAAGUCUUAAAUCAAUGAAAAUGUCCCCUUAGAUUCUUGUUCCAGGCGAGGUGUUCAGGGUCAGCUCAGAUUUUAACCGCAUCACUCUUAGGCUGAUUGCAUUUUUUAGUCUGGCUGUGGAACCACAGCGCAGUCGACAGCUGCUCUAUUAAAACAAAUGAGAGCGAAACAGUGGGAGGAUGCGAGAAACCUCCCUCAAGAGCCGAGAAAGGAAAGAAAAUAACUCUUUUCUUCUUCUUCAGGGGAGGAUUAGUGAUGAGGUGGGUGGACUUCCUCUCGGGACCUUGCCUGUUUGCAUGCAGAUAAAAAAACGAUUCUGGAGAGACACAGCAAGACAAACACACAGAUGUAGUGGACUCACACACGCACAGAAAUACUCUCAUGUUCCUAAUCAGCGCACACUCACACAAACCCAGUUACAGGUCCUAUAGGCGCCAACCGCGGUGUUGUUGUGCAGCCUUUUGGAGCAGUAUCUCGCCGUGUUUCUAUAAAUAGGAAGGAGAGUCUGUCUUUUCCCUUCAAGAGGCUGUGCUGCAGGAAGGAGCAUCACUGCCUGCCUCAGCACACACACUCAGAGGCACUGAAGUUUCUGCAGCCUGCUGCAGAGUUCCUUUUGUGUUUCGGUAACAUUCGCCGAUUUGAGUGCAGCCGUGCAUGCCUGUUCCGUCUCUGUCGUGUCGGGUUUCUUCUCAUCUGAGCUGUCAGGGUUACCUGUCUGAACAACAAGCAGAAGAUCCCACCUGCCUGUCAACCUGUAUCCCUAAAACACGCUCACAUGCUCUCUCUCUCUCUGUCUUUUUUUUGUCUAUGUGCAGUGUUUGUAAAGCCCUGUGGACAAACUUCUGUCUGUGUUUGUCAGACAUCAGUGCUGAUCAGAUUAGAUUGGCAGCCUUCAUAAACUCAGACAGCACUAAGAUUAAACCGAGCGCUGAAUUUUAGAUUAGAUGCAAUCCAAAAAUGAUGCCCUAUAAUUUUCUGCCAUGCUGCCUGUGUGUAUGUGCUUGCACUCCUGUGUGUGUGUGUGUGUGUGUGUGUGUGUGUGUGUGUGUGUGUGUGUGUGUGUGUGUGUGUGUGUGUGUGUGUGUGUGUGUGUGUGUGUGUGUGUGUGUGUGUCAAAACACAGCACCAAGGGGCUGGCAUCCAAUAUUGAUGAGAUAGUCUGGAGGCUGCUCUGGGCGAAGAGUGAGAGAGACGGAGAGAGGAGAAGUACAUAUUUUGGAGUUUUGGAACAUGUCUGCCAGCUCCAUUUUUUGCUCUUUUCUUCGUCUUUUACUGUCUUUUUUUAACUUCUGUUUCUCUCUCUACUCUCUUCCUCAUCAUUGCACUUUCUUCAGUUUUUCAACAACUAAAAGGAAAAACCAACAGUCACCUGCUCAUGGUGGCUGUUACCAAUAAUAUAGUUUAUGCACAUUUGAGAGUAAGAAAGGCAGGCAAAGGUAUUUUAGUAGUUAUGACCAGUCUUUAUUGAAAUCCCAUCCUGUGAGAGUUUCAGUUUGCCUCAAUUUUGGCGCCCCCUGUGGACAAAGCAGUCUUUGCUCAAGUAGGGCCAUAUACUGUUAUUAUUCUAUGUGGAAAUUGUAAAAAAACAAACAAGGGCUAGUUCUCCAGCUACUGGUCUUUUAUCUUUGGAAAUGUUGUAAACUAAAAGAUUUUAUUACCUCGAUUCGACCAAAUGAAACCUGCUGAAUCAGCACUUUAGCUCUCACUUGUUUAUGGUGCUAAUGCUAGCUACUGCUGCUUCAUAUUUCUUCAAAUCAUCUUCAUUGUGAGGAUAAGUUUGCAGGUGAUUUACAAGAAGAGUUGCGUUGAAAGUUACUUGCAGCACAUUCUUGUCCUCUCCCUCCAACAAAGUGACGCCAUGUUAACUCUAUACUCAGAUUUUGCUUCUUCUUCGUGUUAUUAUGACAUAUAUUAUACAUAUUUCAAUCUUCUGUAGCCGGCUGAUCAUUCACCAGUACGAUAUAUGUUUUACAUCUCUAACUCAGACCCUGUAACUCUCAGUGUUUCUUAUUCCUCAGUAUCUCUUUCACAUUUCCUCCAUCUGUCAUCCUCUCCUCUUGUCUCUUAUUUCAUCAUCCUGCCUCCCCGCCUCCCCUCCUUCUCUGUUUUUCUCUUCUCCCCCCUGCUCUCUUCUCGCUAUCAGGUUGUAAAGAGUUUGCUGCUUCAAUCAGACUUGUAAUGAGCUGCUGCUGCGUGUCGCCCCGGUCCUGAAAAACAAGUCAAAGUCUCCCUGUCUCCGUUUUACCCCCCUUGUACAUCCCUUCUGUUGCUAUACUGUUGAAUGUAUACAUACAAAGAUUUAUUUAUGAUGAGGUGAGACUUUCAGCCCACUCUGUUUGUCAUCAGUUUGUCUGUGUGAUCCCGGUGCCCCUGCUGUGUCACUGAUGUGUGCACAAGACAGAUUUACAGAGCGCUUCGCCUUAAAGGAAGGAGAAAUAUAUCCCAUCUUGCACAUAUUAACAUUUUUCUCCUCGGAUAACCCUCCUCUUCACCGCAGAGCUCGCUCACAGAUCUGGAAAAAGUCGUAGAUCAUUUUCUUUUGGCUCGCUGAAGUCAGAAAUCAGCUCUGCCGUCAUAUUGGCGUGAAUAUACUGCUGUCCCUCUGCAUUUCAUAUGUUUAAAUCCACUCCGUGAUAAAUGAGCCAAUCUGGAAAGAGCCUGUGACAUCAUGAAACACUUUAAUGUAAUGAAUUAGCCGUACAUGAGAUGAAUAGUGGCUGCUCAAUUAUGGCAAAAAUUGAUAUUGAUAUCAGGAUGAUUAAAUUACUCAUAAUUCCACAUCUGCAUCAGACACAAUUAAGCUAACCAUGACCUCUCCUCUCUCUCUUUCUUUGUGACAGACCAAGAUGAAGCAGUUGGAGCAGGAGGCCCACCGAGCAGCCGGACAAAUCUUCCUGGUCACCAGCAACGCUCAGCUACGAACCGUGUGUAUCUUAGUGUUGUGCUGUUCAUGAACGUUUCGUUCAAAAGUACGGAACUGCUGAGUGAACUCCGAGACCUGAUUCGUUCCUUUUUCAGUUCGGUUGAGCUCAGCAGCGAGCCUGGCAUGCUGGUCAGGAGUGGAACUGCGCCUUUAACUCUUUGGCGAACGACACACAGCCAGCCAGUCAGCGGGCGGGCAGGCCGAGACUUGUGAUUCACUCACAGCGAAUGAACAAUAUGUAUUAGUCAGUGAAUGAAACAGUCUGUGAACGAUAUGUAUCAGUUUGUGAACGAAACAGUCAGUAAACAAAACAGUCAGUGAACGAAACAGUCUGUAAACAACUUGUGUCAGUCAGUGAACGAAACAGUCAGUGAACGAAACAGUCAGUAAACGAAACAGUCAGUGAACGAAACAGUCUGUAAACGAAACAGUCUGUGAACGACCUGUAUCAGUCAGUGAACGAAACAGUCAGUAAACAAAACAGUCAGUGAACGAAACAGUCAGUAAACGAAACAGUCUGUGAACGGCAUGUAUUAGCGCGUGAACGGAAUGAUUCACUCAGUGAUAGUGCCUUUACAUUAACACACGUCUAUAAACUUUCCUGCAAGAAGGAUUUAAUUUCAGCCGAUUUAAAGCAAUAUGCUAUUUGAUAUCUUUAAACCUAGCAGAAUUUAUUGUUAAUCUCUCCACUUUUCCGCGAUAUAAAAGAACGAUGACUCGCUGACUCGUUUAGCGGGCGUGCUGCUUGCUGCUGUGUUGUUUUCGCCGACAGCGACUCACAGAGAGGUGAGUUUUUCAGGGCAGGGGAGUGAUUCUUCCUUCAGGAAUUCAAGCACUGACUGAUUUAGUGAACGAAUCUUUUGAACGAAUCCUUUUAAUGAACAGAUUCUAAAGAUUCAGUACAGUCAAAAGAACUGUUCUUCCCAUCACUAGUGUAUCUCUACUUACUCAUUAUGUCUACACCUGAAUUUCAUUAUCUUCACAUGCUCUUUAUAUUGUUUGUGUUCAUUUGUGUCCACUGUAGGUUUUGUUUGAGAAGUUGUGUCUUCAUGAGCGCUGCGAAAACAAGAAACUUCCCAAGACCAUCAACAAGCAGCAGUCCACAUCAGAAGCUGCAGUAUGGCGCACAAACACAAACACUGUAUAUCCGUUUACUCCUUUGACAGUGAAUUCUCCUUUUUUAUCUCUUUCCUGACUUUUUUGAAGUUGUUGCAGCUGCAGGACUUACAUCCUCUGCCAAAGAUCAUCCUGGAGUACAGACAGGUCAGUCAUGUUUGCUCUGAAGUGUUAUCUUAUCUAUUGUUCCAUAUCUUAUAAAUUUGCAACUGUAAUCCCCAGGUCCACAAAAUCAAGUCCACCUUUGUUGAUGGGAUUCUCUCCUGCAUGAUGAGCAAGGUAAGAAACACCAUAGACAGAAAAACUCAGAAUUUAAGGUAUAAAUCAAAGCGAGUCGGGCUGUUAGUUCAUGACGGCUCCUCUGGGGUUGUAGAGGAGUAACCAGCGUCUCUUUGAAGCUGCUCUCUUUCUCCUCUCAGUCCUCUUUAAAGCCUCGGCUGAAGAGAAAAGAUGCUGCUCUUUGUGUUGACAGUCUCCACAUGCACUCUGUUGUCUUCUCUACGGGAGCAGCAGCUUGUGUUUGUCGAUCUGUGCUUACUCAACUCCGCAAAUGAGUCUGUGAGGCUGUCUGUAGAAGCGUUUGGCUUCUGAUGGGCCUGAUUCAGUUGGCGGUUUUAAGGCCAAGGCAAACAACAACGCCAAUCAGAGGGAAAUCAGCCAUCGUUUGCUCCUCGCUAAGAUAUGAUCUUGUCUGUAAUGAUGGUGGCCGCACACAACUGCAACUUUUUUGGCAAAUUAGACACAACUGGGCGACUUCUCUCAUGGUUUUCAAAGAAUAGUCGAGUAAAAGUUUCCUUUUUGUCUCUUAAAAAGUUUUACUGAGACAGUUUUUCAAAGUUACCUUCUUGAAACUGUAGAAAAAAGUUUCAACAGAUGAACGACUUUGCAGGGAUGAUCUUUCUAAGCUUUUCUUAUCUUUAAAACAGCACAAAAAAAUGUGCACGUUACAGAAAUUCAUCGUUCGUUCAUGUAAUUUAGCAUGUGCAGCAGCCUCGCCUGUAACCUACAAAAACGACUCAUUUCCGCUGACAUGAACAUUCUUCAUUUUGACAAACGAUUCAGGCGAAGCUUCCCAUCGCUCUAUAAAACGGGUUGUUUACAAACUCUGCAGGUCUAAAUUCAUCUCCUGCUGUCAGCUGAAAAUUUGCCAGGCGCAUAAGUUUGCAUAAGGAACAAAAGUGUUGCUGUAUAGCCUGAUUAUUCCACAAACCGAACUGGCACCGCAGACCGCAAACAGAUUGUUCAGACUGGGCAGCAGGCUGUUGCAUGGCACCAAUGUUACCUCACACUCCAAAUAAAGGAUUCAGACAAGUGAUAACUGCGAUAAUAUAGAGAUCAAACCAAUUAAAAUGGAUAAAAACAUAUUAAGCUAUACCACAGAUUUACCAGCUUCCCUUUGUCUUUAACUCUUUAUCUCUUCUCUUCCUGAAAAAAAACACAGAACUACAUUUCCUCCACAUGGCACCAGACGAGUGUGGUGACGGGGAGAAUCUCAGCCAAGCACCCGGUAAGUAAGACCCUCCUGCCAACCCUCUGUCCCUGUCUUCAUACUGAAGGCUGGAGCAGCAGUGCUCAGAUACUGGAGCUCUCCAUGGUGCUGAACUGCAGUCAGUCUGAACUCUGGGUGCUGUGUGCUUUGCUGCAGGCCUGAGGUUACUAACUAGGGCCUGACUGAUAUGGAUAUUUUGGGGCCGAUGAUUAUUAGGGGGGGAAGAAAAAGGAUUAAAAAAGGACUAAGUCGGCGUGACUGAGACCAGCACAGUGGGGAACAUGGUGAAGUGGGUUGAACUGAAACUUGUUGACUUACUUGAGGCGGACCACUCUCCUCCGUGCGUCCCUGAGCUGCCUGCUUCAGAUCCAUCACUCUGCUGUGCUGUGAGGUAGUUAGUGGAUGAAGAUUGUCAUGAGGUCGCUGCGCCAUCUACAGGAUAAGUCGGGGAACUUUUCAAAUGGCGGAACAUUAUUGAAGUGAAACCAAAUUUUAUUCUCCGCAUUUUAUUUCUCAAAAUAUCUGCGACAAUCGGCGAAUUUUGGCCUAUUACUAACCCAUCUGUAGCUUAGUAUCUUAAAAUUUAAAAAUCCACAUUUAGAGCUUCAGGGAUCAAUGAAGUUCUUCCUCUUCUUCUUCUUCUUCUUCUUUAUAUUUUAUUUCACCAGCAUUGCAGCUGUGUUCUAUCUGAACCAGUGUGGCCGCCAUUUUUCUAUUCCUAACCAGAAGUCAGUUUGAGAAAUCACCAAUCAGUAAACUACACUCAAGAAUCUUAAAAGCUACCAAACCGAAUAAAAACUCGUCAUUAUGUAUUUCCUAGAGAAGUCAUAUUUUUGUUGUUGAUUGUGAAACACGAUCAGAUAAUCUCAAACGAAUCAUGAGGUCUCCCUGCAUAACAAAAGGAUGUAAAAUGAUUAAUAUUAUGAAACUAACCUUGAGUGAACGAGACAGCUGUGUCGAUAUCUCCGUAAUAGAAUUUGUGUUCAUUUGUUUGGAAGUAAUACUUGAUUAAAAAAUCCAGACACACCGUGCUCGAGAAUACCUCUUUCAAAAUAAAAGCCCUCUGCAAACGAAUGCUUUGUCUCUGUCACCCCCCUUUUUCUCGCUUUCUCUCCCCUCUCCUCUGAUUGGGGCGAUCGAUAACUCAUUUUGACAUACCCAGGCUGUCAAGGUCUAGUGGUUCUGUAACUGAAAUACUGCUCUCUCUCUCACACAUACACACCGAGAGUCACGUAUGUGUAAUAACCGUGAACAAACUGAGAUUUCUAAUCUGCAAGCAGCACAUUAAAUUGAUCUUUCUGUUUCUACGUGUUAUAUGUGACUUCUAGCCUGCUGCUGUUUAACUCCGCUCCUCUAAAGCAUUGCUGGGAUUUGUCGAAACAUCUUGUUAACCAUGUGGGCGCUGAUUUCUGGUUGUUUAUGUGUGGCUCUUGUGGAGCUCUUGUGUGCACCAGUUAAAUCCUUGAAGCCUUUGUUUUGCAGUGAUUCUAAUUUGUUUCCAGAGAUGAAGUAAUGACACACACGAAACUUUCCCAAGACGAUUAGCUUAAUCAGCUCCAGGCUUAUUGUUUUGGUCUGUGAUAUUUCCUGUUAAAUUAGGGGUGGAUCUAUGUUUGAAUUUGGAUUUCUUUUAAAUUAGAUGAUUAUUUGACUGAGCAGGAUGUCUGAGAAAACCUAAAUAAGCUAAUGAUAAUGUGUUUAACUAGUAGAAAAACAAUAUUGUAACUAACAGUAGAAAUAAGCAGAAGUUCUACAAUAUCAGAUUUCGCUGUCAAGUACUCAAGUUUUUAGAAUGAAGCAUCAAAGGUUGCAGUAACACAAGUGACCACUUGAGGCUCUAAGAGUGUUAUAACAAUUCAUCAGAAAUGAUCAUGUUUACAGCGAGUAGAGAAACACACCUGUUAAAAUUAUAUCAAGAUUGAUUGUAUGAGCGGUUGGCAAGUAGCUGCCUCAAAUAAUUCAACCCAAUGAACCAGUCCAGCUACCCAAACUAAGACACGAGCAGGCAAAAUCCAAAAUCCUAAAAACAGUAAAAAAAAAAAAAAGUUAUGUUGAAAAGUCAUAUCGGUUAUUUUACUAUUGCUUAAGAUGUUAUUUAUAUCCUGCUAGGACAAAAUGACAGCCCUGGACUGUAUCAUAUAGACUAGGGCCCAACUGAUAUGGAUUUUAGGAGGCCGAUGCCGAUAACGAUUAUUAGGGGGGAAAAAAUCCAAAUUCUGAUUAAUCAGCCGAUUUUUAAUUUUUUUUAUGAAGUUAAGAUAUCUACAGUAUACUGUAGGCUACUGCUCUUCAUGGCGAUAAGAAGACCAACUAAUCAACGUUGAACCAAAAAAGCGUUUUCAACUAAUAAGUGGAUGAAGAGUGUCAUGAGGUCGCUGCGCCAUCUACUGGAUGAGUCAGGGGAUCUUUUCAAAUGGCGGAAUAUUUUGAAACUGAAUCUUAUUCUCUGCAUUUUAUUUCUGAAAAUAUUGGCGACAAUCGGCGAGUUUUGGCCGAUUACCAAUUAGUCUCAAAUGGGCAAAAUUUGGCCAAUUUAAUCGGCUCGCCACUAAAUCAGUCAAGCCCUAAUAUAGACUGUAUAAUAACUGAGCGUUACUGCAGGGAUUUUAUAGCAUACUGGCGGUGGUGGCGCUUGCCAUAUUGAUAACACUGGCUCAACUGGUUAACCUACCAGAGGGGGCCCCGAGCCUCCUUGCAAAUGGCUACAUGCUGAUCUAUUACCUUUAAUAACUUUGAAACAAACGUGAUACAAAAUAAUUCAUUAACUCUCAAAAUGAAGAUAUUUUGGCUUCACUUUUGUAAAGUGGAGACAUGUCGUCCAUCUCUAUAUACAAUCAGCGCUUUAUGAAUUAGAUUUCCUGGUAUCCCCUCACCUCAAUAACCAUAACGGACAAUCUGUUGGAUAGUGUACUGGUGUGACAAGAAUUUUACGUGAGGAAUUUGGACUAAAAAGACAAAUCUGUAAGAAAACGUGAUCCGCAGGGAAGAAAUUAUGAACCAAAAAAGUUUAAUUUAGUGGAUGACAGAGAAUAGAGAGGAACUCUGCAGCUUAAUUGACUGAAAUAUGGAGCUAAUUUCACCAUCAUGCAGCAGGGAGUGAGGAGAGUCUUCUCCCACUAGUCUGCCUCCAUUAUAAUUCCAGCAUAUAAAUGAAGGUCACUCAUAAUUUUGUCUCAUUAUAAUUUGGUGUGAGAUGUUUCCCAGCAGUGAUAACCAACAUGUCACUUAAAGGGCAAAAGCUGCAGUUCAUACAUUUUGUGUUGAGGGGGAAAAAAAGGGAGCUUCUCUGACACACACACACACACACACACACACUCACGUAUUCAAAUGAGGAGUGUUGCAGAGGGGCUUAGCUUUCAUCUGCUGUGGGUUCAUAUGGGGUGAAGCCAGACUGCGGUAACAAACGGGUGACUGAAUCUAAGCAGGACAGCCAAAAAGCUGCUGCUGAGCUGAAGAGAGUGAUGCUGCAGAGGGAAGUGCAGGUUUUUCCGCUCUUCCUCUUAUAUUUUUACCCGCUAAAAGCCAAAAGAAAUGUGCCGUCUGCACGUCCCAGCUUUCCUCUCUGCAUUCACAAUGUUUCUAUCCUUAGGUCUUGUUCUGUCUGCUUUUUACUCCCAUUCUCCUGGCACCAGUCUAUUUUCUGGUUCCACUUCCUUUGCUUUUAACUUUCUAUUUUUUGCAGCUGAAUUUCAGGCUCUACCUGUCUCCUCUUACUCCUUCAUGUUUUACUUAUUCGCCCCGUCUUUUCUUCGUCUGGUGCAGAAACUCAGCCUGUAUCAUCACCUGUUUUUGUCUCUCUCCACUGCUAAGCUUGUGCCCGACUCUUUUUACGAUGAUCAAAGAUUUAUACUCUCAUGCCACCUGCAGUGCAUCAAGUUUACUCAUUCAUGCAAAUUCUUAGAAAACAGAUGCAAACAUGCUCCUCUGUUGUUUUGAGACCACUAGAUUCAACUCCCUAAAUUUGGGCUUUUCUUCAUUUUUUGAUCUCCAUUUCUCUCCUAUCUCAAGCAUAGUGAAUCUCUUCCCAAAUAAUCUUACAGUAUUUCCACGAUGUAAACACUAGAUUUAAAUCAGAGAAGAUUUUAUUUUAUACACUUUUUUGCCCUGAAAGUUAAACAAUCAUUUAGCCAAUUUUACACCAGUUCUAAUAUAUCUGAAACUGGCUCAGUGUUUUCUGCUGCUCCAUAGACAUAAAUUAGCUAGCUAACCAAUAUUAGCAUGUGACUUGCUAGCUAGGACUGACACACCUACUGCUGCAAAUGCAUAUUAAUGGGAUAUUCCGGCAAAAAACAACUCACCUCUGGCCAGUCCAUUAUGGACUGCUGAGGGGUGCCGCAGCUCAAGGAAGAACAUUUAUGAUCAUUACUUUAUUAUUUCCUUGAAGUAACAAUCAUCAUAUUAAUCAUUUUGCAAUGCAGACGAGGUAGUUCUUCUGCCUUAGUGUCUCAGUCUGAUUGCAUUUCCAUGGAGAAAUGAUCAUAAAUGUUCUUCCUUGAGCUGCGUCACUCCACUGCAGUCCAUAAUGGAUUGGCCUGAGUUCUAACUACAAACAAGAGGCUGCUGGAAGAGAGUAGGUGAGUUGUGUUAAGUCUCUUUGCGAAAGAAAAUAGGCAAAGUUAAAAAGAUGUUUGGUGGCUAGUGCUGUGGCUGGGACCCUAUAUGUACUGUUGAUGAAGUUAGGUGCUGUUCUGAACAUUAUUUGUGGCUAUAGAGUGGCGUUUUGGUUGAGGUUUGUUUAUGGCUCUUCAGACCGCUGUGUAUUGCUAUCGUGCGGUCGUUACUAAAGUUGGUUUAACUAGAGAUGCAAGAGGUCAGCAACAUUCAUCUCUCGAGGGGGUGUCUAAUGCGGUGUUGCAGUGUGUUGGACCCUAACUUAAGUUUACGCCGGAAUAUCCCUGUAAGGCGAAGAGUUAUGCGCGCAUUUGUAUGAUAAGUGGCGUUGCCAGUAGAGCGACAGAUGUAUGCUGUUGCUAUUUGCCUAAUAGGAGGCUCAACUGCUUCACCUGUUGUGAGACCGAUCAAAAGUCAUACCUUGCUGUCACGUUCCAACCUCUCUUCAUCUUCUUAUGCUAAGUUUAAUGGUUUUUGGCACAUGUGUUUGUUAUUUGUUCAAAUGUAAAUAGAGGCAAAGUUGUGUUGAUUUGUGAGUAAUUAAAAUUGGUACAGUGUGAUUAAAUUACCACACACCGGUGUUGUGAUUCAGUAGUUCCCGUCUGUUCAACAAGGUGGCGCUCCUAUGGCACUCUAACUCAGACUCGUGGACCGAGGACGCUAAUUUGAGGCACAGCUUUGAUUUAAUUUGAGCGUACUCUGUGCUCGGUGCACUCAGAGCAGUGCAGAGAAACACAUUGUUGAGUUUAAAGUACAAAAUGUAUGACUACCAUUCAUUCAAGCAGGUUUGCAUAAUCCUGUCCAUGGACACUUUAUAUGAUUGUUCCAUUAUCUGCAUCUUACCUGCUAAUGAAUUUAGCCUCAACCAGGCUGUCAUGCAUCAAAAACAUGGCAUUGAACAUGCUAACAGGUGCUGAUUAGGCAACAAGUGUCAUCGUCCCGCUCUUAUUGGGUCCAUGCAGACCCCCAGGAGCACCAAUAGGAGCUAAUUACAAGUUCAUUAUAAGCCCAUUGUGACCCUGUCUGAGGGGGAAUACAAACGGGAUGUUGUCAUGGAUAAUAAGGAACGAGGCUGCUAAUAAUGAGAGGAGCGAAAAGACGAGCGAAAACAAGCACAUCUGCAUGAUAAAGUGUCUCUUUCAGAGUCGAUGAGCAUGAGAGGAGUGUGUUGGUGUGUUUGGCAGCCAUUGAUGCAAUUCUGAAGUAGUUUGUGUUUUGUGUCUGACAGCUGAGGAAUAUUUAUGUCGUGCGGUUGUUGCGCGAGUGUUUGUGUUAUCUCUUUAUAUUCUAUGCGAGUUGGUGUAAUUACUUGUGGAGCAACAAUAUGGGCUUCUGUUUAAUGAAGCCGGUACUGUCAUCACUUGAGCUUCCUCGUGUAUGUUGUUGUCUAGUCUAACACAGCGUACGAAUCUGCAGCGUUAGUGUUUUUCUGUGUUGUAGUUGUUUUUUUGGCACAUCCAUAAGUGAUUUAGGAGAAAAUUUCUGUUUCCAGUGUGAAUGUGUGUCUUUGGCUCUGGCUGUGUCUGCUAAUGAACUGCUUCUCUGUUCCUGAUACCACAGUGAGGGGUAUAAUUACUUUUUACCCCACGUAGCGCAGGUGUGAGUGCUGUGUUUCCAUUUUACGUCUCUGUCAUGUACAUAUUGUGGCUAAAUUUGAGUGACUUCACUUUUGCAGAACAUACUGUAAAUUCUGUAAUCGUUAUGAUUAUUGUCUACUGUAACAUAUAGCCCUUCAUGUGGGGGCGUAUUGACUGUUCCAGUGCAGUGAGUGUUGCUAUUAUUACAUAUGUGAUAAAGUACAUGCUGUGUUAGUUUCAGAAUGACAGCCGCUCGUCCUCAUGAAGGUUUUUCAUGUAUAUUAAAAAAUGCAGUCAGCAGUGAGCGAGCCAACCCCGACCGUUUCAUAUUUAAAAACCCUCAUUCAUCUUUUUCUCUCUCUCUCUCUUAAGCUGCAGUGACGCAUGGGAAACACGCUGAAGCUGCUUUUUCAUUCUUUGACUCUCUCUCUCUCUCUCUCUCUCUGCUCGUUCUUUUUCCCUCUCUUUAUCUCUUGAUCAGUCCUUUUCUCAUCUUUCCAUCUCUUUGAUUUCACUUCAUUUUUUUAAAGCACGCAAGCAACGGACUCUCUUCUGAGAGCAUCUUAAAGUUUUUAUCGUAUCUGAGGAGAAAAUUCAAACCUGUGAAGUUUUAUUUUUAGCUUACGCAAAGAAAAUCCAGUGUUGGAAUAUUACAGGGGUCAGUAGUUAUUUUGUGCUCAACCAGACUAAUAGCUGAUGUAAGGAACUGAUACACAGUGCAUUAAUAGUAGAUACUUAAUAGCUACCAUUAAGGUUGGUCGAAAAGAUCGAUACAGCAAAGUAUCGCAAUAUUUUUUCCGGUGAUAUAUCGUAGUGUCUCAUUUACUAAGUAUCAAUUUUUCAUGUUAAUUGCUAAUAUGAAGUCAAAUCUAUGAUAAUGGAAAAAUAAAAUCAACUGUUUGUCCAGUGAGGUUGGUAGAGGUGAAAUCAUUGAACAAAAGAAGGUUAAUGCAAUAAAUAUAUUUAUAAGGUUUGCAAGAUGUGCUUCAUGAAAAUAAAAUACAGCGUAAAUAAGUCAAAAAGCCAAAUGCUAAAUUAGCCAAACAGUUGAAAAAAUUGUACAGAUCGUAAUAUAUUUUAUUGCAAUUACUCGCUGCAUUGCAAAAUGUUAAAAGUCCCAAUAGUAUCGCAUCGUGGCCCAAGUAUUGUGAUAAUAUCAUAUCGCAGCCCAAGUAUUGUGAUAAUAUCAUAUCGUAGCCAAAGUAUUGUGAUAAUAUCAUAUCGUAGCCAAAGUAUUGUGAUAAUAUCAUAUCGUGGCCCAAGUAUCGUGAUAAUAUCGCAUCGUGGCCAAAGUAUUGUGAUAAUAUCAUAUCGUGGCCCAAGUAUCGUGAUAAUAUCAUAUCGUAGCCAAAGUAUUGUGAUAAUAUCAUAUCGUGGCCCAAGUAUCGUGAUAAUAUCAUAUCGUAGCCAAAGUAUUGUGAUAAUAUCAUAUCGUGGCCCAAGUAUCGUGAUAAUAUCAUAUCGUGGCCCAAGUAUCGUGAUAAUAUCGUAUCGUGGCCCAAGUAUUGUGAUAAUAUCGUAUCGCGGCCAAAGUAUCGUGAUAAUAUCUUAUCGUGGCCCAAGUAUCAUGAUAAUAUUGUAUUGUGGGGCCAUUUGUGAUCCCCUCCCCCUGUUUAUAUGGGAAAUGCUUUGCUUUAAUGCCUUUUUAAUUAGUUUAUUUUAUUGCCCAUCUGUAAAGACAACACUGAUGAAGUCCUGAUAAUAGGCACAAUAAUCAAACUUGUCACUGAUGGCCUCAUUGAUUAUUAAAUAUCAUACACAGGCGUCAAAGUUAAAUUCAGUCUAUUCCAUAAAUGUUUAAAAUUCCUCACUGGAGCUUUAAGGAGAAGGUCUUUGUGUACCUCAAGUGUCCAUACAGUACGCUGGUGAUUUACGCUGCCGUCAUUAGAAACUCUGACAUAAGUGAAGAGUCAGCAUUGUCCACGGCACACCGUGAACAGUCUGUCACAUCACAGGGCAACACACACACAGCAGACAUACUCACAUGUCCAAUUACACGCUCCUUACUCGUUUAUCUGCUCUCAGUACACAGUGCAGGUCACGUAUCUCAUGUACACAAGGAGCAACAUCACUGAUCCUGUGUGUGUGUGUGUGUGUGUGUGUGAUUGUUACUGGUGCCUGGUCCCUCAUGUGUACUUUCCUCUGUCCACACCCUGCCACUGCAGUCCUCUCUUGCCUCCCCCUCUCCCUCCUGUGAAUAAUGAAUGAGUUGUGAAAGCAGAGAGCUGUUUUCUCCCACACACACACACACUGGGAGGUCAAACCGCCACACUGAAGCUCCGACCUAUGAUGGGAAUCCCUCUUUUGUGUGUGUCUCUGUGUACACGCCAUGUCCUGUAUGUCCUUGAUAAAAAAAAAAAGAUGCUCCUCAUUCACAUACCCACACACCCUCAGCUGUGUGCUUUAAAAGGUGGAUACAGUGGGAUUAACAGGGAUUAAAGAGAAACUGCUGAUUUUAAACGGUUUCUUCCCUCUAUCGAGCGGCGCCUGUGUGCGAGGGGGGCCUUAUCAGUUUUCCUUUUUUCCUCCUUUAGGCACAAAAAGCUGCAUACGUGUAAUAUUGUAUACCUGUUUGUCUACAUCAGCAUUGGAUAAUGUUACUCAGCGAGUCGAUGCAGAGUGGGCCAGGAGCCCAGCGAGCGCCAGGCUGUUCCUAUUUUCAGAUGUGUAUGAGAGAAACUUCAAAGGCCUGAGGUGUUGGCGGGAUCUCAGGGAUCUCAGUCCUACAAAGCAGCUAUUUCCUCAUGAAGUGCAACACACAUUCAAAGCAGGGGACGGUAAUUUGAUGAAUUCACGUCACAUCUCCUUCAAAGCGAUACAUUUGUUGCAUUGGCAUGUGAAGUAAGCAACAACAAAAUCAGCUGUUAAACAGCGAUUCCCAUCAGCGUUCAUACUGUGGAGCAUCAAAGCAUAAAGCAACACAGUGUGACAAACUGCACACCAGAGCCGAGGGAUUAAUCUUGUUUUAGUUUCAGUCACGAUGCUCUCUUCCUGUGAUCAUCAUUUGCCGUGUUGUCCUUGUCUGGUCUGGUGCGGACCCUCCCUUCCUUCACAGCAGGGCAUGUAGGCUGUAAUGGCUCAUCAGCAGGAGCUCAGAUUGACUCAAAAUAAAGUUUGGGAGGGGAAUGAAUUUAUCACAAAAUGAAGCAGUCCAGAACCAAAGAGCAACAAAGUCUGAUCUCUCUGAAUUUUCUGCAGUUUUUUGCUCUAUGUUUUCAUAUUUCGGUCGUGUUUUUUCGGCUGCUGGUGGAUAUUUCUGCUUGGAGAAGAGUUUACCCAAGAGAAGAGCUUCUUUUAUUGAGACUGAGCAAAUCUAGAUGACUUUGUGGUUGCUGUGCUGGUGUAAAGGUGACGGCAAAGUUGAAGGCUAGGAAAUGGAGAUAUAAGAACAUAACUAUCAAGAAGAAGAUGUGCUGUCCAGGUAUUAAACUGUUGGCGGUUGCUCUUCGUCCAUAUUAUUGCUGCGUUCCAGUUACCUCGGAUGUCGGCGCUGAGACUGAUGCUACACUUGACUUGACAGCAUUCCAGUUAACAAGUCGGAAAACCAAGAUGGACACCUACAGUUAGCUGUUGUUAGCCGUUGUUAGUUGUUGUUAGCUAUACCAGUUCAAAACAACGAAUAACACAAUAUUUUACUCUUACAAACACCUUAGCAUUGUGUUCAUAGUUAGACGUUAGGCAGUACAACAUAAACCACUUAUUUAAUUUCACAAAAACAAAACAAAAGUGCUGAUAAAUAAAACAUUACGAGAGCUUUCACUGUUACUCUUUACUGUCGAUGCACUGCGCUGCCAUCUUGGAUUAUGACGUUGUCGUCAAGUCGGGAGGAUCGUCCGACUUUCCAAGUUGGAAAUCUGACUUCAGGACUCUGUUUCCCACUUCCGAGUACAACUGGAACGCUGCAUAUGUUCCUAAGGAGUUCAACCAUAUCAUAAGAACACAUGUAUUCUCCAUGAUACUGUUGCUAGGAUACAGAUUCAACAUCCACAAGGAGACUUCAACCAUGUCACCCUCAUCCUCACCUGACUGGAUUUAUAGUUUGUUAAUUGUCAAUCUAGAGAAGUUUUUUCACAAGAUCCGAAACAAAUGAAUUUCCCUUUGAGGAUAAAUAAAGUUCUUGUAUUUUUUGUGUUGUAUUAUUGCCAGAGGAGAGCAGGAGGAGCAGGUGUGUGUUAGUAAAGCAGAGGGACGGAGUGAGCAUGAGAGAAAAGUGUGUUGAUCUGGUUAGUUUGAAGAGUGGGUAAAGUAUCCAGGCUGGGAGUAGCUGCACAUACACACAGCUGACCUUUCUCACAUAUGUACGGCUCUAUUUGUUUGUUAAGGUUUCUAUUUAUCUGCAUGAAACAGCCUAAAGAAACCAAGAGGCUGACUUCCACGGUGUAAUAACACACUGCAGCAGCACAGAUUUUCAAACUACACACUGUGCAAGACAGCAGUUAACUCCAGCUGACUUCCAAAUUGUGUCUCCUUUUGAACUAGAACUUCCAGGCGCUGCCGAGACAGCCUCUUCGUAUCACCAAGAAGCAGUACAUCCAAGGUAGGUUACGCACACACACACACACACACACACAUUAACACACUCAUGCAGAGUGAGGAACACCCCUCCCACGCGUCCUAGAGAAUAAGACAGUGAUAAAUGUCGGGUUGCGUGUGUGUGUAGGAGAGGGAGACGUCUCUGAGGGCUCACAAAAACUGAUGAGCAGGGAGCGAGUAAAGACUGUUUAUGAGGAUGAUAAAAGUCUGCAGCAGCAGCAAAGGCCUGCGCAAUAAAGAAGUGUUUGUUUGCUCAGCGCAGCAGCCUCUGGUGCAUGGUUGCUUUGAAGAGGGUGAUAUUUAAAAGUGCACUGCAGGCCUCACAUUGUUAAAUCACAUGCAUUUUCAUUUAAGUGAUGAAUUCGUUGCACUAAACCCUAUUUAGCCCCAUGAAAAAAAAUGUAGGAUUCAACUUUAUUAGCGUCACACAACGCUGUGAACGCUCACUGUAGCUGUUAAAUCCUGCACAGUUUUAGUACACAUUCCUAUGGAUAUCUUUACUUUAAAUGAAAAAUCAACAAAGUGUAAAAUAUCAGAGUAAGUGAGACAUGUUUCGUUUUAUAUAUUCUUUAUGUUCUCCUGGUUUUAUCGCUUCAUGUGCACAGAAAAAAAAAAAUGGCAGACCAUAAAUUAACAUAUGCAAAUACGAAUUCCCAAGAUCCAUUGCAGCACUGCUCUUGUGCAGUGUGAGUGAACAGCUGUUCCUCACUAACAUCUUUUAUGUACAGUGCAGUCUUUUGUCUUUCACUGAGACUUUAUCUGUGGAAUAUUAUCCAUUUGGACACAAACAACCAUUUAGUAAACUUUGAUUAGAUUAUUCCUGCCAUCUCCUCUCUGUCCUCUUUUCAUCUCCUCUCUUAAAGGGAAUAUUUAAUUACCUUGUCUCGCCCUAGUUGCACAUACUCACUUGAUCAAAAGUGCCACAUCGACGCUUUAGAAAAACCAACCAGACUGUUCUUUUUCUGAGACAGUUUCUUUUAAUCCAUGAGAAGUCAUGAAAGACAAGGAAAAACAUCUUUUUCUACGUGAUUAGAGUAGAAUUAAUACACUGAAAAGUCUAAAGGUCCUUACACACCGGGAACGACGCAAAAAUAUGAAAUAUUCUGAGGCGAAUUUUGACGCGCCUGACUGUACACAUCAAGCGUGAUGCGAUUUUGCGACUAUCCAGGGGGAGUCUCAGUUUUGCUGUAAAUACAAAGUGCUUGUGCUUGCAAUAACUGGUCUUUAUUUUGUGGAAAUAUCAACAACAUGGUGAGAGAAGAAACACAAUCUUUUCCAGGUUUGUCCUAAGGAGAAGAGAAAACAAUAUUUAAAACGUUAUUUGGCAAAAGGAGGUAGAUUGUGUGCUGCCUGUCCUUGUUCUGACUCUGAUUUUCUGGCUCUGACACAGAUUCUUCUACAAAUGUAGAGUUUGUAGAUAUCAUACUAGUAGUGAGUGUCCUAAAAUACUGUACUUGAGUUUAAAAUUUUACUGCUCCAGAGGCACCAGAAAUCUGCCUGACAAUGUGACAAAAACAAAGUUCCUCCGUUUUCAGAUAAAUUAAACAUCAAAACAAAUCUAUCCGUCUGCUGGCCACAUGGACUUGCCCGCCCGUCACAGCUGUCUUUAGAGCACUAUUUCUGUCCUCUGCUCUCUCUCUCUCUCAGUGUUUCUUUCUCUCUCUGUUUGAGUGAUUAAUGAGCGCUAACAUCAGCACCUCUGCUCCUCACUCAGAUUCUUGAAAGCUCUUUGUCAUCAAAUCCUCUCCUCUGCAUCCCUGCUACAUCUUUCGUAACACCCCCUCUUACCCCCAUCCUUAAGCCCCUCUCUCUCUCUCUCUCUCUCUUUCUUAAGGUGAGAGGUGAGGACCUAUACACAAGUGAUUACAUCGCCCCACUUGUGUGUACGUGUGUGUGUGAGAGAGAGAGAUAUCAAGGCCACAUUUCACUGUCAGCAUGUCCGCGUACGUGUGCUGCUGUCGGUGUAUUUUCAUGAUGCUGACGUAGGAUGUGAUGCUUCAUCGUUGCCCAUCAUUCCUCUCCUGUACUGCAGUCAGCACUUAAGUCCAGCUCCUCAGUGAUGAACUGACCCUGAUUGGAUACUGAUUUUCCUUUAAACGGGGCGUUCAAGUUCAUAACUUAACCUCUUAUUAAGUCAGAUGUCUGUGUUACAUCCUCAGCCUCCCACGAUGUCUAUCUCGCAGUCUCUCUAUCAAUCACACACACGGGAAUAAAUCAGUGUGUGUGCUGCCUGGCUGGUCGAUUUAACCACCCCCCUGCAAAAGAAAGAAAAAUAAUCUAUUAAUUACUUGAUUAGAUGCUCUGUGUAUUUGUGAAAUCAUUAAAGUUUUCCGUCUGGCUGGGCCCCUUAUCAGCGUUUCUAACAAUAGAUUUGAGAAACAGUAGAGCAUGACUUCAUAACAAACCAAUUUAUGAUAAGCCAAGAAAGUGUGUGUGACAGUUCAUUUGUAUCGCAACACACGGCGCAGACUAUAACUGUCUGCUGCUAAUAUUUAUUUUCAUUCAUAACCACUUUUUUGGCCAAUUAAUUUUUAGAUUCAGGUAUUAUACAGAUGCAUAUAAAGUGCAUGUUUGCUGAGGUGUUCCUCAGGGCUCUGUGUUUGGUCCCCACAGGAAAGGAAAAGGAAGUGGUGACUGUCCAUCCAAGGGCCAUGUUCAUCCCAAAGGACGGGUGGACGUUUCUCUCUGCAGGUAGGUUGGUUGUUGGUUUUGGUUGUAUGCUAGCUUAACAAACGGAGCCUACGUUCAUCUUUAUCAGCAUUUUCCAAACCUCACUAUAGGGCUGCACGAUAUAUCGUUGAGCAUCGUCGUCACGAUCUACGUGUGCGUGAUAGUCACAUUGCUGAGCUUGCGAUGUUGGAGGCGAAUUAACUCAUCUAAUUUCAAGGGUAACUGACUGAGAUCCACUGCAUGUGACUCUGCAUGUGUUGUGCAGCGAUCCACCAAUCACAUUCAAUCUUUACUCAGUUGCCAAUCAGACUACCCUGCCAGCCGUCAAUCAAAAUCAGAGAGGAGGAAACCGACCCCUGCACAUGGACCAAGUGGCGCUGCCGGUGUUGUGCCAAGAAAUGGGUGUCUCUUGAGAAUUACUUACUGAACAUUACUCAUCACUGUUUAGCCCCACAAAUUAGAAUUGUAUGGGUUUUAAAUUAUAUAUCUCCGUGGACCACUCUACUACAAGCAGUGCGCAUUUUGCGAGGUGCAUGCGUUUCUCGGCACAACACCGGUAACAACAACAAAAUUGCUAAAUGAGCGACGAACAAGAGAAAACCACCGAAAAUGAAGACUUGUUGCCAAAAAGAAAAGGAAAGUCAGUAAUCUUUAAUUAUUUCGGUUACAAGAAGGAUGAUAUCAACCAAACACGUGUUCUGUGUCCGCAGUGCCGUUCAUUUGUUGCCACAAUAACGUCCCAGCACAAUAAAAACAAGCUAAAAAUAUCUCUAAGACAGUCAGAAGCCGUUCUACUAACAUUCACAAAAAGAGGUAAGAUCAGUGCAGGUUAACCGUCCUCAAGAUUUCAGCAUAAAGUGAUAUUCAGGUCAUCUGGUGAAAAUUCGCAAUAUACGUCGCAGGGUUGAAAAAAAAUUGCAACAUUAGUUUUUUUCUAAUAUCUUGCAGCCUUACCUCACUAUGCUACAAAAUGCCAUCUAUCAUCUGUGCUUGCUUACACCUGGGUAGUCGAGCAUUACAGCGCUGAGGCCUGCAGCUUAGUCGUGACAUUUAACUGGCAUUUGAGGCCUAAAUUAAUGAAAAUAUUGACUCAUUAUGAUCUACUUGUAAUUCCACUGGUGCAUAUUAGCAAGGAUGACAAUGUUUAAUCUUGACAGAAGCAAAAGCAUACAUCUCAAAGUCUGACGUCUAGAGUGACACUGUUUUGCUGAUGAUGCUACCUCAGAUGCUGGCUCAGACCCCCACCAUUGCUCUCCAGUGGCGAGGCGCAUCAGUCCCUCCGUUUAAAUCAGACCGUGGACGUCAGUGUUUCAAUACAAACGAGUUGAACAAGUUUAUGACUCAGCAGUAAUUCACUGCUCAGGCAUGUUGCUGCAUUUACUGCUGACCCAGCCACUAACUAACCUAAGGGAGCGGAAAGUUGUUUUACUGCGACAUUAUUUCUUUCUUUAUGGUUCAGCCUUGUGGAAAAACAGCAGCAGUUAUUAAAAGGGAAAAAGUAUUAUGACAGAAGAGACGAUUUCCAGAGUUUGUAACCGUGAACUCACGCUGACCUUACCAAGCUCAGCUGGCAUCAUCCAGUCCCUUCAGGGUGUUAGCUAGUGGAUGCUGUGCAGACUAAGGGCAGCGCCUGGCUUUGUGUGAGGGACGCUCCGUGUCUGCUGGACCUGACAGUGUGACAUACACUUACAUAAGCAGGCAGAUAAAGCCGGGUUAGCAGGAGGACAGCAGCGGGAUAAGAGCCAGGAACCCACAUUUACGCACAAAGUGGCAGCUCACAAACCAGCACACGCCCACACCGACACACACACGCGCUCGUGUGCUCGGGCCAGGUUGCCAUGGAAACAACCCCUCAUAGGGAGUCUUCGCCCAGUCACCCCCUUCAUGUCCUACGAUGUCCUUCCCGAACUGGAACAGCAGCUGUGCGUGCGUGAGGGUUUCGACCACUAUCACUUUGCCGUGUCCUCAGGAAAAGUUCAACGGGGAGGCACGUCAGAAUCUCUCAGUCUCCAAAAGCCCCUGUGUGGGGUUGUGUGUGGGUUUUUACGCACUUUUUGUCUUGAGUGUGUUUUUGCAUCGAUCCCACCCUCCAAACCGUGGCUUCAUAAAAAGGAAAUUGGACGGCUACCCAACGAAGAAAAAGAGCGCGCUAUUUUUAACGCGCUUGUCCUCAAGCGACCCGCGGGCUCCCUAUGUUUGGAUGCAUUUUUGUUUAUAUUUGCAAUUAUCAACUCGGUUCUUCUUCUUCUGCUGUUAGAUGUCUGCUGGGUGUGUGGGCUGGAGCUGACAGAGGAAAAAGAGAGGCCUGCCAAAAUGAGAACAAAGACUGGCGUAAUUCCCUCAUCAGGCUGCUAGUUUUAACUCAGUCUGUCCAUUUUGUCUAUUUUUCUCAUCAGUAGUCCAUAAAAAAAAUAUAAUGUAGGCAGCUAAAUGCAGUCGCUGUGUACUCUACAAUGUUUAUACACUGACUGCAAGCUGCAAAAAUGACUUUUAAUAAUGUGUACGUCUACCAAGAGGCAGCCAAAAAAAAAAGCAGUUCCUCACAAGUCACAAAAGUCAACGAGACUCCAUUUACAUCCAUGUUAAGAUAGUAAAAAAAAAUUCUUGGAGAGAUCAUUUCCUGGUUUGCAGACGCUGUAUGGGGUGAAAUAUUUUAUAAAGUAUCCUUUUUUUUCGUUUUGCAUCGUAUGUCAUUAUUUGCCAGGAAACUGAGGACCCGCCUCGGUUCUGCCUCUUUACCUAUUUUAAGAUGAUUUAAAGUUACGCUGGGUCGGCGUUUCCAACACGCGCUCCAUGAUGUUUCCUUAGAAACCAGUGAGUGACGUCGCUGUGACCACAUCCAUCUUUGAUUAACGGCACAUAGUACAUAAUUGCCAAAUCAAGCGUGACGCAAAGGUGAUUUCAGGUCGAUGAAAUUGCCCUUAUUUGUGCUCUCAUUUGCAGCGGCGGUAGAAAGAUGGACGACAAAGCAAUUAUGGAGAUUGCUCUAUAAUAUAAAACUGAUUUAAGGCCAUUCAAAUCACCAACAGGGUGUCCGUGCAUUUACUAACCUGGACUUGUCCUUCCACUGUUGGUGAGUGUGGUACACACAUCUCUUAUGAGACAUUUCAGGAUCACCCUGAUGUACGCUGUUCAAUUCCGUCCCCCUAGAAGCUUCUUUAGACCAGCAGCCACAAUCCCCAGAGGACACUUCACAUGCUCAAUAUUCAGGUUUUAGUUGAGCUCCAACGCUUUCAUCUAUAACCUUCAUACUCCAGUCUGCACUGCAAAGCAUCACCGAGGGCUGUUCAGGGUGCUGUGGGUGGUGGCAUUAAAAAUGUAUGAGGCACGACUUAGUCUCCCAAAUCUGCUCAUAUGCUGUCCAAGGAACUGCGAGACAGAGCGCCAACUUAUUUAUUGUUUUUCUAUUCUGAAGGCGUAGAAGAUAUGACCCUGUACUGCCGGGGAAAUUGAAAGGGAGCAGGACUUUUGCACCUCGAAUUAGACAUUCAUUUUCUGGUCUUUGAGAUCUAAUCAACUCUGCGCACCGAGCAUUUUCAAAUGUGUCAUUAGAGCCACAACUUACAAAGGUUCCCCAUUACAAACGAAUAAUUAUUUUGUACAAAUGAAUGACGAAUAUUAAUCAGGAUCUAGCAGAGCCAGACAUUGCUCAUUUUGUUUGCAAACAAGCGUCGAAGUGUGACAAAUCAACAGCUAUUCCAAUUACAAUUUCAAAUUAAGCCAUUUGUGUGUUUUCUGAGCGAGGUUUAGCACCCUGAAAUCUAUACUGGAUCAGGUCCAAAGGGGGAAUCAGGACCAGAGGAGCGCACAUUACCUGGUCCAGCAUCUCUAUCUGUAAACUCCUGGCUCUGCGGUUUUAGUACAGGGUCAUAAAUAGAUCUGAGCUGGUCCUGUUUUAUGGGCUAGCUUACUGUACGUCAGACUUAUUUCUGUUCGGAUCAAUACAAGGAUUCAUUGUGGAUUUUUCCUCCCAACCAUCUCUAUUAAAGAGCACCUACACGUACUCUUUCAGUAUCACACAUUAGCAUGCCAAUGAGUGUAACAUACAUUUUCUUUUUACAUCCGUCUCAGUCUAUUCCUGUCCCACACACAUACACUGAUUUAAACACUGUCGUCUGCACACACACACACACACACACACACUCACUCACACACUUUCUCAUCCUGGUCAGCAAUAUGUUUCUGAAGCUGGCGGCCAUGCUGGGAGGAAAUGUGAUCUGGCUCAUAAAACAUGGAUGGGAUGAUAUCUUUAGAAACUGCCUCCCUCACCUCAUCACAACCAAAAGCAGACGUCUUUAUUCCUCGGAUUGCUCGCCCCACCGUCACCCCCCCACUCCACCCCGUUUUUAUGCUUUUAUCCAUUUUGCCGCAGCCUCUCCUUUUUCCCUCCCUGCCCUCUUUAUCUUUUUUUAAAACAUGUGGCAGACCUGGGUUAAACGAUAAACUGGAUUUGUUUUUAUUGCCGUUGUGAAACUACAAGUCGGGGAACAUUUUUAGAUUAAAACCAUGAGAGACCACAGACACAUAAGGACCGUUCAGACUGAUUUUUAACAUUAUAAUCCCCUGAGGACACACUUGAUGAUUCAAUAAGACCGCUAGCCCACUUAUCAAACAUUUGUGGUCAUCUCCUGGUUGAUCAAUAAAGUUGUAAAAUGAUUGAAAGCUUUCUACCUGCUUUGACAAAUUAACAUCUCUGCAUGAUAUUUUCCCACAUAACUCCUCUCUCUCUCUCUCUCUCUCUCUCUCUCUCCACGUUUGCAGAGGCUUAUUGCAGCCGGUUGCUUCAUUCCAACUGAGUGAAUAUCCCUCCGUUUCCUCCAUCCAUUUUAAAUGGUUUUCCCCCUCCGCCUUUGGUGGGAUGUAAUUCGAUUUAAAAGCAGCUAAGCAGAGGGGAGAAUGUGUCUGGGUGAAAUGUGCUGCGUGGGUACGAGCGUGUAUCCGUGUUGACGUGCGACUACUUCUUGUGAGAUGUUUCAUUUUAGAUCUGCCAAGCUGACAAGAGAGCUGUAAAGCUGUCAGUGCAGGACCUGUCGCUGUAACACACUGUCACAGGAAGAGAGUGUAACUUCUGUCUCUUUGUCUCUUUAUAUGUGUAUUCACACCCGUCCCUGUAAACGCAGGUAUAAUCCAGUAUAAUGUGUGUUUAGAGAGAACAGACACUCAUGCUACUGUCAGCAUUUGUUGCCCCUGGUUGUUGCUCUGUAUUAUUUCGGUGCCUUGGGCCAAUUUCUUGGACAGUUAGGUCUCAGACACAUUUUUAGUCAAGGUGAUGGUUUCACUGUCCGGAUUCUGUGACUAUCCUGCAACUAUCCAUCCCUGUUCAGCUCUCCACUGCGGAUACUCCUAUUAGAGUGUUAUAGCAGCAUUUAUAUGAUUCACAGUAAUGUGGUUUUCCUUAAUAACCCAGCAUCGCAUGGAGUUUUGCAGCAGCAACAUCAGCUUACUGUGAAUUGGCUGAGAAAAUUAGAUCUAAAUCCUGGCAGUUUCAACGUUAGUGAGAACAAAUUCUUGGAUUCGACAAAGCGUUCAGAGAAGAAUAUGAAGGCGAUAUCACAGAUGAAGAGAGAACAGUGGCAUGCUAGUGCUGACUAGGGCCCGACCAAUAUGGAUAUAUACCAAUUAUUAGGGGGGGAAAAAUCUGAUUACCGAUUAAUCGGCCGAUCUUUGGUACACUAAUGGACCGGAAAAGCGUUUUCAACUAGAGAAGUAGCUCGAUCACGUAAUGUGUACUGUUGUUUAUUCUACUGUUACUGGCACGGCUAACAGUGUAGCAAGGCUAAUAGCAGAUGGCUAACUCUAACUUUAGCUUGCAUAUUACAUGUUGCUUCACCGCUAACUCGGCGUGACCGAGACCAGCACAGUGGAGAACAUCGUGAAGUGGAUUAAACUGAAAGUUGUUGACUUAUUGUGUAUUUCACAAACUGGUUUAUUUACCGUUGAGGCGGACCACUCUCCUCCGUGCGUCCCUGAGCUGCCUGCUUCAGGUCUGUCACUCUGCUCUGCUGUGAGGUAGUUAGUGGAUGGAAGAUUGUCAUGAGGUCACUGCGCCAUCUACAGGAUAAGUCAGGGAACUUUUCAAAUGGUGGAACAUUUUCGAAGCGAAACCAAAUCUUAUUCUCUGCAUUUUAUUUCUGAAAAUAUCGGCGAGUUUUGGCUGAUUACGAUUAGUCUAAACGGGCUAAAAUUGGUCGAUUGGCCCGAGUGCUGACACCGGCAUACAUCCAUGCAUAUAUAGAAAACAGUACCAAACUUUGAGUGCAGGUCAGUUAGAAUUAAUUUGUGCUGCUCUUUUAGUGGGUUUUUUAAGACCUAAAAGGCAGAAGAAAUAUUAACACAAAAUAAAAAUAUUUUUUACACCUAAAGAAUUAAAGGCAGGGGUCACAAAGCCUAAACUUUUGGGAAACGAAUGAGAAGUGCUUCUCUGAGAGCAUUUUUUGUUGCUGUCUGGAAGUAUGUGUCACUGCUGUGGGAAAUUGUCAGGUUUUCCUUCCAGCUCAGGUACAAAUGAGUCUGAAAGCACAAAAUUGUUCGGCAUCAAUAGCAGACAUCACGCCUUUGAGAACCGACUCGAAAAAAGAGACGCCGAUUCUUUCCAGACCCAUCACUUUGCAGCAACACUGGGAGAGUCAUGGAGGAGGCAGAGAUACCAAUUUCCCCUCAGACGCCGACCUUUCCUUUUGUGCCAGGAGCUCGUUGCCUUUCUGCCCUCGCCGUCACCAUUUGCUGUCGCUCUAUUCAUCAUCGUGUUCGAGUAAAACCCAAACUGAACUUCCAGAUUUGACCCGAACUCCCUUUGGGGAAACGUUUAAUGAAACUGAGGAUAAGAAAUCAAACGUUAAUGACUUUAAAUCACUUAGACAUUUUGCCCUAAACACAAACUAUCUACUGUCUGUGUGACACUUAUAGUAGUACCUCCACAAGAUGUGUUUUUGCACCAGGACUGUCAGCAUUGACUCAUUCAUUUGGAAUCUGACUAAUGUCUGACAUUGACACUUUAAUUGCAGGCUAGUUUGUCACUGUCCACUUACUGUAUCCAAGUGAAGCCGGCGCAGAGUCUUUCAAUGUUCAGCUAAGUUUAGCAAAAAGGGCCAGAUCCAAAAAAAAAGGAGUGCCCUUGUUGUCUAGAUCUACCAAAUCUGCUUGUGGCAUCUGUAGAGCAACAAAUCCAACAUGUUUAUUUUCUUUGUGUUGCUUACAAAUUAAAAGAAAGUGAGGAAGUUUAUAACUCUUAGUUUUUAAAGGUUAUAUGUUAAACUGUUUCCAGUAAAUUCCUGAAGAAAUGCCGAUGUUGGUGUGUGUGUUUGUGUGUGUUAGACUUCUGCCAGGUGGAGCUGCGUCUGCUGGCUCACCUCUCCUCUGACCCUGAGCUGCUCCGCAUUUUUAUCAACCCUCAGGCCGACGUCUUCACCAUGCUGGCCUCUCAGUGGUAUGUCUCUCAUUCCCACACGGACAGACGAACACUGACUUACACUCAUGAGGUCUCCCCUCAUCUCCUCAGUCAAGGUGAGCGUUGAUACUCGUCAGGGAUUCUCAGUACCCGUUCCCUCCUGACAGCCGGUUUCCACACUUCAAACACUAAUGACCUUGUUUCAAUGACUUCCACACAGACUGUCUAAUGUUUUUAUCGCCCCCUCUGGGCUUUUGAUUACAUAUGAGUCUUUUUUAAGUUGUGUGUACAUUGGUGUGUGUUUUACCUUUACUCCUGUCAUCCAUCUCAGCCGAUUGUGUAGCAGGGGGGCAGCCGGUUAAAGAGAUUACCUGGGCCCACAGAUCAUAUUAACAGCUCUACCGCGGCUUUACAUACAUUAAGUGUCUUAGAUGAUCCCUCUUUCACCUUUAAACAAAUUAACCCGUGUCACAGCUGCUCUUUUUAGGUAACAGCAGAGUACUCAGCUCUCUCGAACCUUCUGUUUCCCUCUCUUUCCUUCUGUCUCUUUGUCGAAGCAGCUUUAGCCUUUUUCUUGCCCUCUACGUCCUCACUCUGAAAUGUUAAUUUCACAGCUUACACUUCCCUCUGCUCACAUCAUCGUUCCAGACUCUUCAUUCUUUGACUUGUAGCCACAAAAAUCUUUUUUUUUUCUUGGAUUCGUCGUCAUGAAACUGAGAGAAGUCUCCUUUUCUCACCUUAAAAACAACAGAAAUUGUCCUGUUAUAUAUUUUACACAUAUUUACUAAUCCAAACACUCAACUCAACUCAACUCAACUCAACUUUAUUUGUAGAGCACUUUAAAACAACCACAGCUCCACAAAGUGCUGUACAUAACUAGACAAAACAACAAGAUAAAAAAACAAUCAAGAAACAAUAAAAACAAUGGAUAAAAUAAAAGCAGAAUUAAAAGUAAAAUAUAGCUUCAAUGUUUUUUAAAAACUAAUUUAAAAACAUAGAAACAAAUAACUAAAAACAAACCAUAAAACACUAAAACAGGAGCUGAGUCUCAUGCAGGGUUAAAAGCCAAUGAAUAAAAAUGGGUUUUAAGAUGAGUUUUAAAAAUGGACAGUGUGGGGGCUUGUCUAACACAGUUUAGUUUAGUUUAGUUUAGUUUAUUAUAGAUCCCCAUGAGUCUACACCGCAGUGGAGCCUAUUCUUCCUGGGGUCCAGGCAAAAAACAUCACACAAUCACAAAACAAAUCAUACAAUGCAGUACAGCAUAAUCAAUAAUAAAAUUUUGUAAUACAAAAAUGGCAAAAAAAAAACCCCAAUAACUUAGAGUUUACAUAAUAAUGUUCAUACCAAAGAUAAAAAAGAGCAAUAUAAGAAUAGAUAUAUAUUUUUUAGCAAAAAUAAAACAAAGAACCAAUGGCCUACAAUAUACACAUUAGUGUACCAAAGACAAACAAUAUUCUUAAGUGAUGAAAAAGUACCAUAAUGAGUAAAAUAUGACAUAAAGUACAUACAAAAUCAAUAUAAUAUCAAUAUAAAAACGAUAACCAGAAACAAAAAAAUAAACAAAAGAAGAUAAAUGAACCAGUUCAUGACCUACAGAUUGAACUGGACAAAUAAUCCACCCAAGCAAUGAUACAGUGGUCUUGAUUUGACACUUAGAAUCUCUCUGUUUUGUAUCCAAAGGUGAGUAAAAAGUCCUCAAAAGUCUCUGUGUCCGUGGUGGUGUAUUGCUCCCCAAAAGGAGCCUGCAGAGACCUUGCGUGCUGCUGCAGCUCCCCCCCUGCCCAAGCUGUGCACAGUUGGUUCAUAUUAAAGCAUGCUUUAAACCACGCUGAUAGCUGAAUGCAAUACAAGACCAUUUGCUGUUUAGCUCUACCUGAUGGAAAACAAGAAAAGCAUACAUAAGCACAUUCUUUACAGUCAACUACUCAAUACCUGAUUGAUUGUAACAUCCCUUGUGCAGCAUUCAGCCUAUGGAACCAGAUAGGAUCAGACCACAGUGGGUAAAUGCCUCUCCAGCAGAGGGCAAUAAAAAUCCAGCGUGGAUGACCUUCCGAGCCAAAGUCAGAGCUGAGGAAAGUUUCACCUCUGUUGGGGGGUUAUAAGGUACACAUCAGGAGAACACGUCUGCAUGUGCCUGUGUGUUUGUGUGAGAGACAGACUGUUAAAACAAGAGAGGCAUUUAAAGAAUAAUUACUUCAAAUUUCAAAGUCGUUAUCUUGAGGCUGCGGGCAUCAAGACGUCUGACCUCAUGAAACUCUGGAGUCUCUCCGCACUGAUCAGCAGUGGCAGCUCCCUGUCAGCCCCUCCAGAAAUGCCACUUUGCAGACGUGUCAUCCCACCCAGUCUGAUCCCCAGUACCACCGCUGUCUUCAAGACACGUUACAUAACAGUCUGCCCAUUGCUGCCUUUCUUUUCCUUUAUACGCUUGUCUCUUCACUUAAGUCCCCCGGUCUCUCUGUACUUCAUGUCCUUUUAACCUCUGUAUCACAUUCUGUCUUGCCUUUUUUUAUCGCUGGUGUCCCAGGGGGAUUCUUCUGCUUUCCUCUUCUUUUUUUUUUUAUAUAAAGUAAUUUCACAUGAAGUUCCCAGUAAAACCCUUCUAACUCCUUAGUUCUCUCUGUAACUCCUAAGAAAUCCCAAACCUCUGAUUACCCAACAUUAGCUCAUUUAUAACGCCCUCUGAUCACUCCCUAAUAAAUCAGAGAUGACUUUUUGUUAACUGUCUAGUAUAUCACAAAAUCAACCUUCUGCUCCCUCCCUUAUAAUCAACUCAGGGCAGAAAGACAAAGAAAAACAAUCUUAAUUUAGGCAGAAUCCUCAGACAGAGUGUCACACUAAGUGGACAGCCAUCUGCCUCAACUUAUUCACUGAUAGACAGAGAAAGUCAACAACACAAGGGGAGUGAAAAACAACUCAAAAUGCUGCUUACUGCGGCAUUUACAGCUGACAUCAAAUUCAUUAUAACAGGCAGAAACCCCAAACACUAGAGUCUUGGUUGACUGCUAUCUGCCUCAAUCUGUUGGGCUUGGAGAAAACAUUAGACGGGCACUUUUAUUGACAUUAAACGGUAUAGUUUUUUUACAGUGGAGACUCACUAACCAGGAACCUUUGCAAAUUUGCUGUGUAGACUCACACUUUUCAUCUUUGUCCCUCAGGAAGGGGGUAAGUGAGGGUGAGGUGACGUCUGAGGAUCGAGAACAUGCCAAACGCGUCGUCUACUCUGUUGUGUACGGGGCAGGUGAGUACGACAUAUAAACACACACACAUUCACACCUACAAAGGGAUUGCUAAGAUUGAGCAGUAAUAUGUAAUAAUUGAUUGAAGAUAUGAUACAACUUGUCAGCGGUUUGCGGGACGAUUGAUCAGUAUUGUUUCAAAAUGACAAUCAAUCAAUACUUUAUUGACUGAUAUGUGCUUCUCUGUAUGUAAUUGGCUGAUGUUUUUUUUUUUUAAAUGAUCUCAUUAGCUUGUUUAUCCACAGAUAAACAUAUCAUAUCUUAUCUCAUCUCUUCUCAUCUUAUCAUAUAAUAUCUCAUCGUAUCAUAGUGUUAUGUAUCCUAUCACUUCAUAUCGUAUCUAAUCUUAUCUUAUCAUAUUCUUUUGUAUCGUUUCAUAUUGUAUCUUUUUUUAUAGUAUGUCAUCUCUUCUGAUCUUAUCAUAUCUCAUCUCAUCAUAUCAUAUCAGAUCACAGUGUUAUGUGUCCUUUCGCGUCAUAUCGUAUCUAAUCUUAUCAUAUUUCAUCUCUUCUUAUCUCAUCAUAUCAUAUCUCAUCGUAUCAAAGUGCUGUGUCCUAUCGCUUCAAAUCAUAUCUAAUCUUAUUGUAUCAUAUUGUUUCGUAUAGUUUCAUAUCAUAUCUUAUCUUAUAGUAUCUCAUCUCUUUGUAUCUCAUAUCUCAUCUCUUCUCAUUUCAUCAUAUCAUAUCUCAUUGAUCAUAGCGUUGUGUAUCCUUUUGCUUCAUAUCAUAUCUAAUCUCUUCUUAUCAUAUCAUAUCAUUUUGUAUCGUUUCAUAUCGUAUCUUAUCUUAUCAUAUCUUAUCUCUUCUCAUCUCAUCAUAUCAUAGUGUUAUGUAUCCUAUCACUUCAUAAUGUAUCUAAUCUUAUCUUAUCUUAUCAUUUUGUAUCAUUUCAUAUCGUAUCUCAUCUCAAAGUAUGUAAUCUCUUCUUAUCUUAUCAUAUCUCAUCUCUUCUCAUCUCAUUGUAUCAUAGCUCAUCAUAUCAUAGUGUUAUGUAUCCUAUCGCUUCAUAUCGUAUAUAAUCUUAUCUUACCGUAUAAAAUUAUUUCGUAUCGUUUCAUAUCGUAUCUUAUUUUAUCAUAUCUCAUCUCCUCUCAUCGUAUCAUAUCUCAUCAUACCAUGGUGUUAUUUAUCCUAUCGCUUCAUAUCCUAUAUAAUCUUAUCGUAUCAUAUCAUUUCGUAUCAUUUUAUAUAUGUUUCUCAUCUUAUAUCAUCUUUUCUCUUCUUAUCUUAUCGUAUCUCAUCUCUUCUCAUCACAUUGUAUUGUUUUGUAUCAUAUUGUUGCAUAUUGCACAGUCUUGUAGCUUAGUUUAGUACUUGGUUUUGGAUCCUUUUAAGUUAUAAUAUCCUACUCUUUCAUACCAUACUAUGUUGCUUUGUGUUGUAUUAUACCGUCUCCAGUUGCAGUGUUGUCUCGUGUCUUAUUGGACCUAUAAAGUGACUUAUUUUGUUAGAGGAUAGAUCUGUGAGUAGAGCAGAGAUGAGAAAAGGAGGAGAUAAGAGAUUGCUGAACCGUAGAACUGUCAUCUUGAGCGGGAAUGUAGGUUAUCCACGUAACACAAAAAUGCCAGCGAUCCCUACAGGGACAUCACUGUUUUCCAAGUUUCUUUCAUGUUGUGGAUCGCAUUCCAGAGCGAUGGGGCAGGAGAAGUUAAAAAUAGAGAGAGAGGGGGGAGAUGAAUGUAUAAAACACCCCUGUGGCCCAUAAAGAGCCUUGUCUGUGUCACUUGUGACCUAUUUCUAGUCCACACACAUGUGCAUGCUCUUUUGAAUACACACAAGCACUCACACAUGACCAGAACGAGUGUGAGUGGAGGUGGAAGAUAUCGGGGCCAGCCAAUCAUGGGCAUUGCUUUAACAUUAAACGGACACGAACAAAAGCCGAGCGUGUUUACGUUUGCAUUUGUGCUCUCACCUGUGCGGUGAAGGCGUGUUUUACAGUCGACCUGCACUCUUCAUUAGGUUUUAUUGCUGGUGACCAAUUUAAAGGCUUAUGUAGAGCGACUGUUUUUUUCCAUAUGCUAACACAAAGCAGCAUUAGCUUCUGUAGGGCUGUGGUGUCAAACAGCCACAGAGUUGAUGAGAUACAGACUUCUUAUAAACGGCUUAUUUUCAAUUGAACGCUAACCCCCUACGUCUAGCUUACCUGUCGUACAUGACACCUGUAAAUUUAAAUGUAGGCCAGUUUAAAACAACGUAAUUGGGCAAAUGCAAUCAGAGCAACAGGGACAACUUUAAAACUGAAUAGUUGUGGAUGAUGUACAUUUAUCGGUUUUGUAUCAAAUAGUCAUUCUCAGACAAAAUUAGCCUAGCCUCCAUAGCUAAAGGUAGAUUCUGCUGUUUUUAUCCAUGUGUGAAGAAACCAGGGCUUGAAGAACUCCGGCACAGUGCCGGAAAUCCGGCUCGGGAUUUUUUUUUUCUAAAUCGUGUCAAAAAAAAGAGAGAAAAAAAAUCCCUAGUUAGUUAAAUCUGAAUAUGACCCGUAGAGAACAGCAUUACGCUGGAUAGCAUGCAUCCUGCCGGAGAAGAAGAAGAAGAAGAAGCGGAAGAAGAAAAAGACGCAUCAGCGAGCGUCAAACGGCAAAUUUCAAACGAUGGAUGCCGGGUACAUCAAUCCAGGAGAAGAAAUGGCGAUAUUGAAAGCUGGGCGCGGGUGAAAGAGGCUGAAAAAAAUGGAAAGCCUCAUGGUAGCUGGUGCCGAAAACUGAAAGAGCCAGGUGCUUGUUUUUGUUUCGUGCGUUGGAAGCUUAUAAAUGGCAGCAGUGGGAAAAAGUUUGUUAAAGUUGGAAAGAUAUUCACAGAUUAUGAGUUCCGGGAUCAAUAACUCUGAGACGAAAAAUUGUCUAAACACAAAUGAUGCCUCUUUCAUGUCGUAACAGCAUAAACAACUAGAUACAAGAAUCAAAAAACGAUUUGUUUUACAAGAACAAGCCGUUCUUCGAGCUGGAUGAAUAAUACUGAUCUCUAUGCACAGCCGGUAGCCAGGCGAGUGCGCAGGGAUCAUCUGCAAAUUACGAUAAAAGAGCAAGACGCUGCAAACAAAAACCAAUAGCUCCACUGUUAUACAGUAGAGACCCCAAAAUCACCACAUACACCAAGGGACUCUUCGUACUACAACAGCUGUUUCAGGAAAAUGUACCUUUUUAUAAUUUUGGUUAAUUUUUAUAAUAAACGUGUUUCAUUGUAGUGACGGGAGUCUUCUUACUUGAUAAAGUUUGCGUCCCUCUCAAAACAGAAAAUGCGGCUCCUGUUUCUUUAUUUUGUCAUGAUCCUAAACGUAAACACGAUACAUGACCACACAGUAGAUUAACUGUUCUCUCUAAACAGAACAUCUUGAUGAAACAGAAAACAUGUUUAACCAAUCAGGGGGGAACCUAAAGCGCAUGGUUUGCAUCAGAUUCUGCAGGGAGCAAGGCCAGCUGCCGUCCCUCGCUCCUGACUGGGUGUGCUGAGACUGAAUCUUGACGCUCUCGACGUGAUCACAGAGCACCAUGUGGUUUUUUUAAACUCUUGAAGGAGUCUCAAAAACAAGCAUUAGCUCACAAACACACACUGAUGAAUGAUUCAGUUCUUUGGAAAUCAAUAAACAGGAACAGCCAAAUGUGUAAAAGCCAUUCAUUUGAGACUCGUAGAGGAGCGCAGGAUGCAAUUUAGAAAGCAAAAGGUCAGAGCUACAAAAUGCAGGAAAAAUAUGGAGAUGUAAAAGAGCGCAACACAGUGGAAGCAGAUGUAGAAAAUGUGGGCUAGAGGCGAAGAAGAGGAAAAACGGGGGAGGUGUCGGAGGGGAGUAAUGUAGGGGAAAGGGGAAGAGAGGAGAAGUGGGGUGGGGCAGAGGGAGAGAAAAGCGAGGGAGAAGAGUAAUGGAAGGAGGUCCUGAUCGUCACAGACAGACGGAUCUCAGUGGAAAGGAUGCGUAGCCAUGGAUACCAAAUACUAAAAGGAAGCUCUCUCCUGCAAGACAAUAAUCAGGGCAGGGAGGAGGGGCAGAGCGGCGCACACACUCACUCGCACACACUCCCACACACACAAUCAUACAUAAACACAAAUGGGUCAACUUAUAUAGAGGGUCAGGGGAAGUAGCAAGGCUGAGGUGAAAGCUGGGGAAUACACUCUUUCUAACUGAUGAAUCAAAUCUGGUCUACUUUGGACUUCAUACUAUAUUACAGACACUCAUUUAACAGUUAGUGGAUAUUUUUAAUCCAUUUAGACUCAGGGCCAAGAAAAAAACAUCCUCUAAAACCUGGUUAUUGUUCGAAAAUGAAAAGUGAAUGCCUCUCUAGAAUUAUCAAAAAAAAAAAAAAAAGAUUAAAAUGUAAAAAUAAUUUUAGUAGAUUUAUAUGAACAUAGAAGUGAUUUAAGUUUUUCUUGCAUUAUUUUGGAUUAUACAAUUUAGAUUUCCAAUAAUUUUUUAUGGAAUAAAUCUGAAGAAAUUAUUAUUAUUUUUUUUUGUUAUGAUUAUUAUUAUUUUUUUGUUAUCAUCAUUAUUAUUAUUAUUAUUAUUGCUGUUGUUGUUGUUAAUAUUAUUAUUGUUGUUGUUAAUAUUAUUAUUUUUAUUAUUGUUGUUGUUGUUAAUACUAUUAUUAUUAUAAUUUAGUACUAUUAUUAUUAUCACUUUUUGUUAUUAUUUUUUACUAUUUUUAUUUGUAGUAUUAUUAUUAUCAUUAUUAUUAUUAUUAUUAUUAUUAUGUUUACUACUAUUAUUAUUAUCACUGAUCACUGAAUAUUUCUAAUUUCCAUACUUGCUAUUACAGCAUGAGAAACAUGUCAUUCCUGCUUCUGUUAUUAAGUAAUUCAUUGUUCUUCAUUUUGAAAAUUGUAACACCUAAAAUCUGCCCACUGUUUAAUCACCUUUAACAGUCUUGCUGAAAUAAGACAUAAUUUAAUAUAUUUAAAAAAACAUUCAUGGGGUUGUAGUAGCAGGAAAAAGAUGAAAAAGACUCAAAUAAGAGGUCAGAAAAGUCCAAGCAAAGUAGUCUGGGUCAGAGUGUCCUCAGUAGGUUAAAGGUCUCUGAACUGACCCCAUUCAACAGGAAUGCGGAGCUGCAAACACACAGGAGCACACUCACACGAUACACACAUGACACACUCAGAGUGUGUGAGUGAGCAUCGUCUUCACUGUAACUUUGGUCACGUAACGAAGAACACCGCUGAAAGGCCUGACACAUUUCAUCAGUGAUGUGUCAGCUCUGAUGAUUUCAAACAUGUCUGACUCUGGGGCUGACCUUCCAGAAUAAAGGGUCAUUCUGAAUAUUUAUAUCACCAUUAAAAAACACACACACACACGCAAAUACAGCAUCAUAUUUCCUUUUAUUCUCUGUAUAGGAGGUGUAGGACUUUUUAACCACAACUACUGUCCCCCAUCUAUCCCACCACAACCUCCACCUCUGGGGCUGCCGUGACAUUACUCAUCACUAACCACACAUGGACACGCCCCUUAUGGCUCAGAACCGCAAACACACAUACACACUCCAGCUGUGGCGCCCAUUAGCUCACCCUCUCCACUGCUCCAUCGAUCUCCUCCUCACCUUUUAACCUCCUCCUCUGUACUCCUGCUACACACUUUAAACCUUACACGCCCACAGAGGCUCCGUCCUCUUCCCUUAAUCUUCAUUUUUCACACACGUACUCACCUUGCAGUCCUUCCCUCUAUCCUUUUAUCUUGUCCUCUUCUAUCUAUCACCCUUCACUUGGCUCUACUUUUAUCCCUUAAUUUUUUACCCUCGAGUCCUGGCUGCCCUCUCUUCACUCUCCUCUUACGUUCCUGGCGCCUGCCUCCACCAUCACUCCUCAAACUCUUCAAUCUGUCAUCAUAAAGGCAGUUUGACCCCUGUUUUGAUUUACUUAUCGGCUCAAGGCGUUGGGCAGGUAAGACCUUAACAUCCUAGACCUUGUUGUAGAGGAUCAACAUGUACUCGGUAAAACAAUGCGCAGAAGACAGGAUGAGAUCUGAAGAGUCUUGUCUUUAUUGGACAAUCAGUACAAGUGACAAACAGAGUCUGGACCAAACCAAAGGAGAGAAAUACAUAUGUGUUACUGUGUGGAACAGCUGUGUGCCUCUUAUGUGUGUGUUUGUGUGUGUAUGCAUGAGUCUCCUAGGUGUGUGUGUAAGUGCAUGCUUUACCCGUCAUGUACCAAAUCACCGGGGGAUCAUCCAAGGAAAUGUCUCGGUGUUGUGAAAUUCACCAGUUGUUCAGAUUUCUCCUGAAUUUAUUAGAAACUAUCUCUAAAUGUUUUGGCAACCAAAUAAGUUUUGGUCCUGGCAAAGCAACCUUGGUUGUGCAACCAGGCCAAACCCAACAUAUUUAUGAAUUCUUAAACUCCCACUAUGAUCAUUUUAUUGAUGACUUAAAGUGUUCUCUGGUCUUUCAAUUGUGAUUAUGUAGUUUUUACCAAAAAUCAUGUUACCUGUGUCAUUUUUAAGGGCUUCUCUUCUGCGGAGCUCCAGUAGAUAAUUAGCAAUUCGCCUCUGAGUCGUACAUUGCCAGUGUAGUAGAAGUGGCAGGUAACAUAGAAGCGAUUCGGCUCUCGGACACUAAUGUCUUUAGGGACACAAUGAGAGCUAAUGUCAUAAUUAGCUUUCUUACGAGCAUUGCAAUCCGCUAACGCACACACUUGUUCCACGAUCGUCCUUUCUACUUUCCUUGCGUGGCCUGCAUAGCGGGGUUUCAGGGGCGGAGCUUGGAUUGGUUACAUAUGAAAUCUCACUGAAGAAAUACUCAGAAAAGCAAUUUCGCAUUUAGUUUUCUCAUGAAAUGUCCUGUAGCAUCAGAAAAAUGCCAUAUGAACAUAUGAAAAACAAGAAAAUCAUGAUUUUUAUUGGAGUAGGUCUUUAAUAAAUGAUAAUCACAUAUACAUACCUUUACCUUAACGUAUAGAGUCCACUACAACCUUCAUAAAAGUGGAUGAUCUCAAAUUCAGGCUUUUAUUUCUAAAAGUUUAAUAAUUAGCUGUUUUUUUCACUUAUUUGUUUUGCAUGUCAUGUAGAAAAUGUGCAACAUGUUACUGGAGUUUGUGCCUUUUUUGGAGUGUGGGGAUUGUCUGAAGUUUGGUCUUACUCGUAUGCACCUGAGAUAUCUCCCUUACGAUAUCUGCAUGGCACUGACAUCCUUAAUCUGUCCCUAGUAGCAGGCUGCAUCCUCGAACAACCGUUCAUAAACAGUUUGCUGUUUCACUGCAGGUCGGGAGCGUCUGUCCGGGAUCCUCGGGGUGAGUGCAGAACAAGCCAGCAGAUUCCAGGACAGCUUCCUCCAGACCUACAGAGAAGUCCAAACCUUUAUCCAGAGGACCAUCCAGCAGUGCCACAAACAAGGUCUGUGUGAGUUUACCUAACACAGCUAUUGUAGAAGUGUCGAGCCCAGGACCAAGGUCACAGUUCCACCGCAGGGAAGUGAGGUAAAGGAUUUCAUGAAGCAGUCAAAUGUCCUCACACCGUAUCACAGUUUUGACGUACACUUCGUGGUUUGAAUUUCUAAUGCUCUCACACAUACGCCCACGCUCCCGGUGGAUCUGUGUGUGUUUGGCCGAGGAAGAGGAAGAUGUGCUUGCAUUGGCAGGAAUGAGACAAACUGCCGUGGGUCAAUACUUGAGGCGGACGAGGUGGAUGGAAGGGGGGGGGUGGGGGGUAGCUGGUGGUUCAGAUGGGACACGCUAUUUAUAUACGGCCUGAACUGCCAACACAGCACACCUGAGACUUCAACACGCUUACAUAAAAUAGUGUAAAGUCUGCACUUUAACCCUCACUGCACACAGUACAUGGACCCAGAUCUGACAGGCGGAGAGAUGAGGUCAGUCCGAGCCACAACGACAGAGACUAGCAGAAACUGUUCGGAGACAUGCAGAUUCAGUUUUUAUUUGGUAUCAGGACCCGGUUCCUAUAAAGAGACCCUGUAGAGCAGAAACUCAGAUCACUUAAAGACUGAUGAAUGAGGAGAAAGUGGAGGAAUGUCGCCAUGCGGUGAAGAGAUUAGUGUUGGAGGGGUUAGACCGCCUCACUUCAGCUGAGUCAGCAGCAUUAAAUAUGCAAAAUGCAUCAUUGAUACCUGCUUAUUUAUAGAAAAACCUUGUGAAAUUAAACUUAAAUUGAUAUUUAUUUUACUUGUUUCUCAUCUUUUAUGUUUAAUUCCUCAUCCAGGUACAGUAGAUUAUUGUGGCUCAACUUUUCUCCCUGUUUUCACCGUGUAUGAGCUGUAAAUCAAAACACAGUAACACCACAUGAUGACAGUGUUUUGAUUUCCCAGCGUGGGAAUCUGGUCCAUUGCGCCGAGUUAGCCCCCGUUCAAAACACAGAGGCCAGUGUCGAGUUCAGCCUUCAGCUCUCUUUAUUUAUUUUGUGUACCAAAUCGGCUAAUAAGUUAAGUAUGAACCAAUUACCGCUUAAUCAAAUAGUCUGAAAGAAAGAGCCUCUUAUACGAGCCCCGAACAUGCUGCUAUGUCAACUUUAACUUCUCUCUCAGGCUGUUUGUGCACGAAAAAGUAGGUCCUCUGUGACUUUAUCUUGUGUAACAGCUUUGUUUUGUGCUAAAUGCUUAAAACGAGGUCAGGGCAGGCGAUGCUUUCCCCGCCACCUUUGUAACAAACUCUGAACAGUCGUCACCCGCGGACAGGUGCUCCAUCACCCAUGAAACGCCGCGCCUCACCUCCCCCCCCCCUGAUGUCAGCUUCCUAAUCGAAGGGACAUAAUGGACUCGUCCCUCCAAAAACGCAGCCUGCAGAUCACUGUGGAAGCCUCCUCGCUCUCAGGGGGUAGAGUAAUGGUUGCGCCAAACAGUCGGCUUUAAUUCAGCUCAUCACCAUGGUGAUCCUCCCAUCGGAGACAGUGCAGGGAUUUAUCUGCCUGACUCGUCCCACUGUCUCUUUGUCUUGCUGUCCCUCAGUCCCUCUUUCUUUUUUGUCUCUGCUCCCUGUCUUUAAAUAUCCUCUUCCUUUCACUCUUCAACAUCUUUUUCUUCUUAACUCUCCAUAUUUCAUGUGAAAAUAUUUGGAUUAUCGAUCAAACAGCUGUCUAAUAUCCAGGGGAAUUUUACAGUUUCUCUUUAGAGUCAUCGGCCGUGACUCAGGGUGCAGAGAUUAAUCAGUGCCAGGGCUCCUUCUGCCCUUCUGCACUGAAUUUGGAGAUGAUCGGUGUGUGAUACAGCGAUAUUUAGCUCAGAUCUGCUGCAUGCUGGCAGGCUGAGCGGAGCUGAGGGGAACAGUGCCGGCUCAGCUGCUGUCAUAUUUGUUGGAAAAUGUGCUGGAAAGGGCAAAGUGAAGGUGAGGUCAGUAUCACAGCGUGGGCGUAACAGCGGAGAGAGGAGAUAAGAGAUAAAAGUCCAGAAAUGUAGCAGCAAAUACAACAAAGCUGACGAAGAAAAAACUAGAGUAUUUUGACCGUUUUUAUUCCACAUGCGAGGAUAAAUGACUUCUGGACUCUGAUACACGCUGUCUUUUUGUUUUGAAAUGAAAUAAAGCCACCUCACGGGGUAAGCCCGUCCUGUUGUGCAGACUUUUUUCAAAGCUCUCUGGAUGACAGAUUCACCUUCACUUGUAAAGACUGUCGCAGAUGAAAAAGAAAAGAAGAAGAAGAGGGAUUUUUAUUCCUUUGAGAGAAGCAACAGCAGGAAUCACAGACAGGAAAAAUCAGGCCAAGACGUCUGAAGGCCACAGCAAACACAUGGAAGCUUGGAUAAUCGUCGAUAUGUUGCCGCCCCGCUGCGCCAACACUCUCACUUAAACACAGCCCGGCUCUGAUGCCCUGUCAGAUUGAUCCGGGACACACUCCUGCUGGUUUUUUUCUGAUGUGGACUCCUGCAGACAGAGGAGCUGCUGCCACAGGCCUGUCAUUAAUAAAAAAGGGGAUUUGCUGUUUAGCUGCCGCUUCAGCCUCUUAUGCUCUGUCAUUGAUAAUAGCUCAUGUCAGCACAAAUGGCAGCAGAGCUCAGUGAUGAGAGCAGAUUCAAGUCAAACACUUCUCACAGACGAGUGAUGACAUUCAGAAAAUCAGAAUUAUGGUCUCUGAAAUGUCAACGAGGGAUUUCCAAUCGAAUCCAAACGUAUUUCAAAAAUACAGCUGCUCAUUUACUUAGGGGGUUAGACUUGCUGUACAGAGCUUUAGGCUGUGUUUGAAAUGAAUCACUCAAUCCCUAACCCCCAUGUGGGCUUUCACUAGGCUACUGCUCUUCAUGCCGGAAAAAGCGACCAGAAAAGCAUUUUCAACUGAAAAUGGCAAAUAGAGCUCAGGUUCUGUCUCUUCUUGCUCUCGUUGAAUUGCCGCUGGAGACGCAAUGCAAUUUAUCGAUUUACCGGUCGAUCUACAUGCCGACCCUCACCUAUGGUCAUGAACUUUGGGUAAUGACCGAUAGAACAAGAUCGCGGAUACAAGCGGCUGAUAUGGGUUUCCUCUGCAGUGUGGCCUGGCUCAGCCUUCGAGAUAGGGUAAGGAGCUCGGACACUAUGGAGGCGCUCAGAGUAGAACCGCUGCUCCUCCACGUCAAGAGGAGUCAGCUGAGGUGGCUUGGGCGUCUGGUUAGGAUGCCUUCUUGACGCCUCCCGUUAGAGGUGUUCCAGACAUGUCCCACAGGGAGGAAAUCGUGGCCGGCCCAGGACCAGGUGGAAGGAUUAUAUCUCUCACUUGGCCUGGAUACGCCUGGGAAUCCCCCCCGGAGGAGCUGGUGGAAGUGGCCGGGGUGAGGGCCGUCUGGGCUUCCCUCCUGAAGCUGCUGCCCCCACGACCCGGACCCGGGUGAAGCGGAAGAAAAUGAUGACAACGAUGACGACGCAAUGCAUGACAGGAUGUCCACCACCAUACAUUUUGCAAUGCUCUAUGGGAAAUUUUGAGUCACCUAUAUGGGGCAUUGGAAUUUACCACUCUGGCUUUGGACACCCCUCAAAAUGGCGCUAACCCCCGUAUAGUCGCCUCUAUAGACGUUAGGGAUCCAUUUCAGACACAGCCUUAAAUACAGAUUUUCUCAUCACACUCUUGAUGAAAUGGCGGCUGAUUGAACGUGUUUUUAUAAAGUUUUUUUCAAGAAAACUUAAGUGAAGAAACAUAACUCAUCCAAAAGUUUAAAAUAAUGUCAACAAGAAUUAAUUAAACCACCACGCUCACCUCACAGCAGCCAUUUGGAUUAAAAGCAGAUAUUCCACUCUGAUCCAAGUUCACACCUGUCUGUGGAGGGAAACUGCCUUUUUGACUCAUAGUAACCCGUCCUUCCCCGUCGCUGGGCCCCCCUGAACAAAGGUCACAUUCCUGGUGGAAAGGUCACAGGCAUAUGUCAUGGGUUAGUGGCACACCGACACCGUUUUUUUGUGUUUCUCAUUAUCUGUUUCGCGCUCACUUCCUGGGCGUUUGUGCUUGUGUGUGUGAUUGUGUGUUUGUUCUGGGAAGCAAGUCAUUCAGGUUUCAUGCCGUUCUCAGUUUUCCUCACAGUAAGGGAUACUGGAGGGAUUUGGUCCUAAAGCCGGCCUCAUUGUCCGGCUUGUGGAAUGUUACUGGUUUACUGUGUGUCUUUGUGUGUUUGUUUUUGUGUGUGUGAGUGUGUGUGUGAAGCAUACCUAUCAUACCUGAUGAUCACGUCACAGUGUUUCUGUAAAUGACUGUUUUCCUCUUUCUUUACUUUGUUGUUCGUUUGAGUUUUUAUUCAUUAAUGAUAAAGUUGACACAGAAGAUAAACGCUACAACAGAGUAUAUCAUGUUUUGUCGUAUAGUUUUAUAUCUGAUCGUUUCACUGGUCUUAACUUAUUUUCAUAAAUUAUACUUGGAGUAAUGACUCUUUGUAUUUGUGUAGGUUAUGUUCUCUCCAUCAUGGGUCGUCAGCGCACCCUCCCGAACAUCAACUCCCCUGACUGGGGCGUCCGAAUGCAGGCUGAGAGGCAGGCCGUCAACUUUGUGGUCCAAGGUGGGGAGACUGACGGCGAGAUGUUCACUUGUCUGUGCCACUUAGCUUGUUUUUUGACGAUUCUACAGCAGCUUGUAUGAUCAAAAUGAUGUUUGUUUGUGUUUUUGUUUGGACAGGUUCAGCCGCUGAUCUCUGUAAGAUGGCCAUGAUCAGAAUCUCUAACCUGGUCUCCUCCUCCGCCUCACUCUCUGCGAGGUACAACCAGGUGUCUCCCCCCUCUGAAGAGGCUCUUAUUACGAGCCAUUUUUGCAAAGUUAUAGCUCUCCUGAGCCCCAUUCAGACACGCACUCCAGCAAAUUUCAGGAAAAUUUCAGGGGCUUAGACUUAGCCAUAAAAAGGACACGAGGGACCAAGCAGGAAAUAUUCAGGGUGAAGUCUGAGUGAGAAACUCUGAUGUUUCUGUUCACCUGUGUAAUUUUGAGAAAUGUUCAGGAACUUUGUGGGACAUUAGAGAUGUGUUUAUAAAGGUCAGGCAAAAAAAACACAUUUCCAUGAAAUGCUAGUAAAUGUUGGUAGCGAUAGUUUGCAUGUUAUAUUGAUUCAUGUGUGAUUCAACUGUAGGCUGCUGGCCCAGCUCCACGAUGAGCUUCUGUUUGAGGUGGAGGACUCUCAGGUGGAGCAGUUUGCAGGUAAGUAUGAUAACUCCAUGUCUGAUUCUCUCCUGUAGUUAAAAACCCAAAACUGCUGCAGAAGAAUGAGAAAAUGUCUUCUGUCUUUAUGAAGUUUUGGUGAGGAGCACCAUGGAGUCCCUUCAGCACAUAGAUCAGCUCGGAGUCCAUCUUCAGGUGAGUUAGUCAUCUCAACUGGAAAUGAUCCAAAUAGGUAAAUUUCAGCAUCAACGCUCCAAAUUAGCAGAGCUAAACGUAAAAACAGAGGCCAUGUGUGAGAAAAGUUUAUUCGACAUUUUCCCAGUUUGAAAGUUUUAUCAUGGAGGAAGCAGGUUCGAUGACCUGUACUGCAGCCACUCAGUGAGAAGAGCUCUUGAUAUGUUACUUUACUUUUGGGGAUCUGUCAUGUCGUCCAUGCUUUUAUAGUCUGUGAGCUUUACUUUCUUCUCCCUAACAUGUGUAUGUUCCCCAGGUCCCCCUGAAGGUGGCGGUCUCCUGUGGCAAGUCUUGGGGAUCCAUGUCUGAGCUCAACAUCCCUCCAACAUGUCUGUCUCCUCUUUGA